GCCCACGCCCAGCGCCGAUCGAGGAAGUUGCGACCGCCGCUAAGUCCGGAGCCUGGAGAAGGAGGAACCCCCUACCCUCGCCGGUUAGCAGCAGAUGCGCUUUUACGCGUGCGAGGAGAAGAGCAGGGGGCUGCUUUCCCCAGGAUAGCAGGUACGGACGCUCAGCGCCUCAAGUCCUCUCUCCACCCACCCACCCUUUUUUAAUUUUUAGGUUGUUCCAUCCUACCUCGUCGCCCUCCUCUCAUUCAAGCAGAGCUGCACCGUGCAAAAAACCCAAAACUACCAAAAGAGGGGCGAUGGAAGAGUCAUUAAGAAUGCGCUGCAAAGUUCAUGGCAACUCCCUUUGCUCCCAGCAAAGCGUGCCUGGCGUUGCUGCUUUAUUAUGGAGGGACGCUGCUUAUUUAUUUAUUUAUUUGCUUGCUUGCUUGCAAGGGGUUCCAGGGUAGGAUUAUGGUUUUUUGCAUGGGCGGGAUGUUUUUUCGCUUAAAGGAGGGAGGAGGACGUGGGGAGAGUUGCUGGAAUGGGGGGACAGAUUGCGCCCAGACCCGCAGCGCGCGUGUUGCUGGCUGCUGUUGCUUUCUCGUAAAAUAAUAUUUUGCUCCGGCAAGGAUCGGGUUUCCUUUGGCCGUUCUUCCACCUCGGUUUCUGUAACUUCGUUGUCUCCGCCCCCUCUCUCCGCUUUAUUUCUUUUUCCACUUUUCCAUCCAAGUUGGCUAGACGGGCGAGCUGUGUGCAACUUCUUGGAAAGUUAGGAUGCUCUCCUUCUCCUCCCGCCCGCGCCCCACCCCCGCAACCAAUCUGCACCCGCGGUGGCUUUGGAUUCACACAGAUAAGAGGGGAGAAAAUUCCCCACCCUACCCCAAAUCGCUUAGGUUUAUGCCAGGGAAAGGUUUCAUUUGCGUUUGUUCACGUCAGUCUCCCUGGACAAGUUCACGCAGGGAGAAGGCUAUCAAGGCUACUAGCCAUGAUGACAGUGUGAUGGUGAACUGGAAAGUGCAGAACAGGAGAGAGAUGAAUUGGGGCAUCUGGUUGGCCGCUGUGAGAAUAGGAUCCUGGACUUCUAAGAUGGGCUAUUGGCCUGAUCUGGAAGGCUUUUCUUAAGUUCUUAAGCUACUGUUAAAGGAACAGAUAAGGGUGGAUGGGGAUUUCCAAGCUUCCCAGAAAUGCCUUGGGAGUAAAGGUAAGGUAUCUUUGCAGUGGGGGUAUUGAUAAGUGCUGCAUGUACAAGGUACGCUUUGUGUCUGUCAGCUUAGACCAGGGGUCAGCAAACUUUUUCAGCAGGGGGCCGAUCCACUGUCCCUCAGACCUUAUGGGGGGCCGGACUAUAUUUUGAAAAAAAUAAAUAAACAAACAAAUUCCUAUGCCCCACAAAUAACCCAGAGAUGCAUUUUUAAUAAAGGGACACAUUCUACUCAUGUAAAAACAUGCUGAUUCCCAGAUCGUCCGUGGGCCGGACUUAGAAGGCGAUUGGGCCGGAUCCAGCCCCCGAGCCUUAGUUUGCCUACCCAUGGCUUAGACUGUCAACAGCUUCCAAAUUUUAUUUGCAUGCCUCAAUUUCAUGUGCUGGAUUUUGCCAGUGGCUGUUUCUUCAUCUGUUUCGUGGCAAGUACUUUUAUCCCAAUCUUCAGUUGGGGGUGGGGGGACCCCAAAGUGGCUCUCAAAUUCAAGCAUAAGAUUGUGCUGUCAUGUUGACAUCCUAAAAGGAAAGGCAUAAAAGGAAAAGGGAUUUGGAGGGAGGACGAAGAAAACAAACUCAGGCACUCAGUUGCAUUUUGCGUUGGCUUGUUUUUGUAGUUUUAAAAUGAUCGUUUUCAGAGGCUGCUGCUACUGCUGUUUUGCUGGUGUGGAAGUGAGUGGGUUUACUCAACAGGUUUGGCCAGAAGUAUUUUUUUAAUGCCUAAAACCUGCCUUGUGCAACCUGAUCAAACUAUGGAUAUUUGCUCAAGAAUAGCACUGCUGUGUUCAAGGGGGUUUACUCCCUGGUAAGUAAGUGUGCAUUGGAUCAAGGCCUUUUAAAUAACGGAUAAGCCACAUAAGAAAAAUGUAACAGUAAAUGAGCCACAAUAAGUUUUGUAGAUACAUUAAAACAAAAAUAACAUGUAACAUUGUAUUACAUUAUCAUGCUGGUGGUUUUCAGUUGUCCUCUUUUUUCUGGGUAUGUAUCCAGUGAAGAAUAAAAGAAUCAAAAAGUUUCCCACUGACUUGAGACAGCCAAAUAGUAUACAUUGCAAGCUUCUUCCUGGCAUCAUGGAUUUUUUUGUGUGCUGGGAUUUGGCAGCGGAGAUGGGCAAAUAGGUCAAUUUCAGUUCCUCUGAUUUUCUCAUUUUCCCAAUCUUAAAUUCGCUUCUCUGCAAAUUCACAUCAGUUCACACUAAAAUGCUGGUGAAUUUUCAUGGGACUGUUUUGUGUUUUUUUAAAGCAAAUUCAUCAGCAUUUUUGUGUGAAGUUCUCCAAAUAAAUAAUAAGCACACUUUUGCAGAGCAAUGUUCCGUAAUAGAAUUCUUUGGUAUGUUUCCCCACCUACAAAUAUAUGCCUUUGUAUGCACACUUUACAUUUUUGUAGGUGCAUUUUUGUACUUGGCUGGAGAGCUGCAUUGCAAAAUUAAGAGAAGCAUGAAUUUCAAAGGAUGGUCGUGUUUUGGUUCUCCUACUGUUUUGGAAAGUGCAAAUAAUAAUAAUAAUAAUAAUAAUAUAAUUUUUUAUGUGUAUCCUGCCCUUCCCAGCCGAGGCCGGGCUCAGAGCGGCUAAACAUCAUAAAAACAACACAGUAUGCAUUAAAACAGACAUCCGUUAAUUAAAAUACAUCUUAAAAUUAAUUCAGGCAAGUUAAAAUCUGGGCAGGUGAUAAUUAUCAGGUUGGACUUGACAGUGGUUAAUACCUGCCAGGACCAACUGUUUCCACUGAUCAUACAAGGACCUGUGAGCGGGUUGGGGGCCUCCUUUGGGCUUGUUUUAUACAAAGGAAAGUACCGGUAAGUCAAACUGCAUCCUGCCCAAAGGCCUGGCAGAACAGCUCCGUCUUGCAGGCCCUGUGGAAAUAUGUCAAAUCCCGCAGGGCCCUGGUCUCUUGCGGGAGAGCAUUCCACCAGGCUGGGGCCACGGCUGAAAAGGCCCUGGCUCUAGUCAAGGCCAGUCUAAUUUCCCUGGGCCCCGGGAAUCAUGGUCUUCCUUUACAUAAGACCACAGGAAGAGCUGUGCUGGAUCAGGCCAGAGCCCAUCUGGUUCAGCGUCUUGUUCUCGCAGAAGCCAACUAGAUGCCUGUAGGGAGCAUGCAAGCAAGCUUUUAAAUUCAAAGUGUUGGUGUUGACCUUUAAAGCCCUAAACGGCCUCGGCCCAGUAUACCUGAAGCAGCAUCUCCACCCCCAUCAUUCUGCCCGGACGCUGAGGUCCAGCGCCGAGGGCCUUCUGGCGGCUCCCUCAUUGCGAGAAGCAAAGCUACAGGGAACCAGGCAGAGGGCCUUCUCGGUAGUGGCGCCCUCCCUGUGAUGUCAAAGAGAUAAACAACUACCUGACAUUCAGAAGACAUCUUAAGGCAGCCCUGUUCAGGGAAGUGUUUAAUGUGUGACAUCUUAGUGUAUUUUGGGUCUUUGUGGAAGCCGCCCAGAGUGGCUGGGGAAACCCAGCCAGAUAGGCGGGGUACACAUAAAUUAUUAUUAUUAUUAUUAUUAUUAUUAUUAUUAUUAUCAUUAUCAUUAUUAUUAUUUCUAAUGGAAUCCAAUGUCUCUCCCAUCCUUAGACCUACUAUGGUGUGUAUUUUUAAUCUCUUCAAACAUGUGGUUCCUCAUCCCUGCACCGUAGUCUAAAACAGUCCUGUUCAGGAAGUGGUAUAUUUGCAUUUUUGAAGAACUAAUGCUAGGUCAAAGCACUCAACCUAGGCUUUUUAAAAAGUAUUUCUUGGGGGGUGGGGUAGAAAUGUCCCAGAAAAUCGGAUCUAUCUUUGAAGGAGUCAGAAAGUGUGUGACUUUGGAGUGGGUUUACUUCUAAAAAAUAAUUUCUCCCCCUGCCCUUUUUCUUCAAGUGGGUGGAGAUUUUCUGCUGCUUCAAACAGUGGUUCCAUUGAUCUUGGCAGCCCAGUGACAUCCCCCUAUUAAUCCGGACAACACCCCCCACAAAACCAACCCAAUGAGGACAGAGCUUCCUGAGUGUCACUUAGAGUAAAAUGGAAAAUGUGCACACGGAAUGGAGUAUUUUGGAGACGGUACGUCCAGCUGACCGCUGGCGCCCCGAAAAGGAAAAGUCCUGCUAUAAGACCAGGAUACACUGCAACAUUUUGUUGCAGUUCCCACUUGUCCUUUCUAACUUUGAUGUGGACUGCUGUGGAAGUCAGUCUUGUGGCUAUUGAAAAGAACAAGCGCUUUUACUUUCUGGAUCAUGGAAGCUACAAUACUUCUUCUAAAAUGGAAAUGGCUGUUAUUAUUUUGUAGCAACUCCUUGUUUUUGCUUUCCCCCAAAUGAAAAAAAACAAACAAACCCCAUGCCAAGGGUUUUAAGUUAAGCCAUAGGUGGAGCUUGCGAUUGUGAGAGGCGGAAGGAAUGUUUGAAAAAUGUUUGCCAACUGUGAGGCUUUUAGUACCAGGCUGAAUCUCCUAUUUAUUGCAAAAUGGGACUGACCUUAAGGUUAUUGGUGCCUACUCUUCUUAUACUCUUUAUAUUACGUAGGAUAAUGAGCUGAUUAUGUCUGUUACCUGUUUUUCUAUUUACAGGUAGGUAGCCGUGUUGGUCUGCCAUAGUCGAAACAAAAUAAAAAAAUUCCUUCCCAUAGCACCUUAGAGACCAACUAAGUCUACUACCAGACUUUCAGAAGACAUCUGAAGGCAGCCCUGUUUAGGGAAGCUUUUAAUGUUUGAUGUAUCACAGUAUUUUAAUAUUCUUUUGGAAGCCGCCCAGAGUGGCUGGGGAAGCCCAGCCAGAUGGGUGGGGUAUAAAUAAUAAAUUAUUAUUAUUAUUAUUAUUAUUAUUAUUAUUAUUAAGUUAGUUAUUGUUAUGAGCUUUCGUGUGUGAAGCAGUGUGCAUGCACACAAAAGCUCAUACCAAUAACUAACUUAGUUGGACUCUAAGGUGCUACUGGAAGGAAUUUUUUUAUUCUGUUUUUCUAUGUUUACUGUACAUUCAUUUCCAGUAAAAGAGCAGUUUUCCCAAACUUGUUAUAACCUACCAAGGCUAAGCUAUGUAAUCAUUGUAUCAGGAGGAGUCAUAGCAUUGUAGAGUCAGAAGAGGCCCCUGAGGGUUUUCUAGUCCAGCCUCCUGCAUUGCAAGAACUUGGUUUGAAACUCACUGUGCAGCAAUUCAGCAAGGCUUUUGCUCUCAGCUUUGGCCGUCUGUCUGAAGUUUGGGGAAUGCUAAAACUGGCCUGCCAUCCAGGGCCAGUGUAAGGAUUGUUGUUGGCGUUCGCAUGCAUCUGUCUUGGAGUGUGCCUCUGGGGGUGAAGUCAAACUGCUGUGUUAACAGCACCAAAAUGACAUCCCCGGGGCACAAGCUUGGGCAGUGUAUAUGGAGGUCCUGGGCUGCCCACAUGACAAGACUCCCCUCCCUCCUCACCCUCCCUGAUGUGGUCCAAAGGAAAGCAGAGCAAUAUGCUGGACACCAGCACGGCUGCAGGAGUUGCCGGAAGGAGCCAUACAAGGCGCCAUCCAUCCGUCUUAGCGACUCCGCUCUGGAUUUGUGUUUACUCCUUAACCUUCUCUUCUCCCAAAGAUAUCCCUCAAGGCAGUGGAGGUUUAGGAUCAGAGUUUUCCUUCUCUUAGAUCAGCCUUUCUCAACCUGUUGGUGCCCAGAAGUUGUUGAACUACAACUCCCAUCAUCCCUAGCUAGCAAACCAGAGCUCAGGGAUGAUGGGAGUUGUAGUCCAACAACAUCUGGGGACCCACAGGUUGAGAACCGCUGUCCUAGAUGGACUACCUUCCCAGGCUGACAAGCCCCACCUGCCCCUUACUUCUCUCUAUACCACAUGCAGAAACCGCUUUCUUGACCGUUGGUCUCGUCCGCUCAAUUCUCCAGAGUCUGUCUUCGCAGGCAGGGGAAGUCUCUAACUCAUCAAGGGUUUGAGAUCCAUCAGCUACCCUCACCUGGUUUAGCACUAAUAUUAUCACCAUUAUUAUUUGUUAGACUUGUUUGCAUCCCAGAAAGGUCACUUCAGUGUUGGGAGCCCUUGGCCCUCAAUAUGUUACUGAACUACAUCUCCCAUCAUCCCUGGCCACUGGCCUUGCUUGCUGGGGCUGAUGGGAGUUGUAGUUCAGCAACAUCUGGAAGGCCACAGGCUCUCAUCUCCUGAACUAUAUAUGCUAAAUUUUGUUAGAUCCAGAAGUAACAGGCAUUUUAAGCUCAACCUGAAGCAAGAGAAUUAAAAGCAAGAGAACAAGUUAUCGGGUAAUUGGACUCUCUUGCCUGUGAUUAUGGAUGAAUUACCUUGUAGUGGGAUUAGGGUUGGCAGUUUCCCCCUUCCCCUGUGCCUUCAGGAAUAGUUUUGACAUGUAUUAAUUAAGCACCUGAAGGCCCCUCCCACUUCCCGCAAAGAAAAUCACUUUAUCUCCUUGUUAGUAGGGAUGAGGGUGAAAGUUGUUCAAUUUGCAUUUUAAUAUGAACCCACCGGUUUUGCACUUCCUGCAGCAAUGCAUGAACUGAAACACAGCUUUCCUUUGAAGUUCACACUUCUCCAAAUUUUGUGAUGCAGUUCUUCAACCCACACAUGUGCGCGAAAAUGUAUAUGUUAUUCAAUCUAAUGUACAAAAUUCAUUCUUAUCAGGGGGAAAUUGUUUGGGGAAAUGCAUACACACACACACACACACACACACACACACACACACAGAGUGGUACCUCUGGUACAGUGGUCGUGAACGGGAUCCGUUCCGGAGGCCCGUUUGCAACAUGAAAAGCCCGCAACCUGAAGCGCUGUAUCUGCACAGGUGUGCAGCGCGAUUUGGCGCUUGUGCGCAUGCGCAAAGCUUAAUUUAGCGCUUCUGUGCAUGCGCGAGCGGCGAAACCCAGAAGUAAUCCUUUCCGGUACUUCCGGAUUGCCGGGGGAAGCAAACUGAAAAAAAAGUAACAUGAAACAAAUGUAACAUGAGGUAUCACUGUGUGUGUUUGUGUCUGUGUGUGUGUGUGUGUAUAUAUAUAUAUAUAUGUGUGUGUGUGUGUGUGUGUGUGCGCGCGCAAGGUUGUCAACACAUUGCAGUUUGUGUGACUGCCAGUAGAUGGCCAUGCCAACUUUAGCACAAUGACAGAACAACAGACAGGUAGGUAAGUGAGCAGGUAGCCUACUGCAGACAAGGCAACGUUUACAUUUGUUGCUCCACCCACUUUUGCUUCUGGCCCCACCCACUACUGACAUGUGGCUGCCUGAAGGCUACGCAGAGGGGAAGGAGCCAGAAAUUCAACAGGUGCAGUAUUUUCUUGCACGGAGAUGCAAUGAUGGGGGGUGGAUGUGCAUGGAUUUCUGCUGAAUGUGUGGCUGUUUUCAAAACCAAAAACACAGGUGCCCCCUUAGAUUAAAGGGGGCGACCUUGUCUUUCACCCCCACCUCUUUUUGCACCCCCCAAGGAAUGGUAGCAAAUUGAAGCUGCCCUUUGCCCACACAAACUGGAUUUCCCCACUUCCCCUCUCUGCCAUCUGUCUUGCUACUUCCUGCUACGCUUUUCAGCUGGGCUUGUGGUUGCCGUGGAAGAGCCAGACAGAUGCAGGUUGCAGUUUGCUCCAGCACCUCGGUGAUCGUCCUUUGACCUCUGCACAGCUUCUUUUCUGUCUUUUCUCCUGCUUCCCAGAAUAUGUGAUGUGAACUUUAGCAGUGCAAAUGCUGAAAUAUGGAGGAGAGCUAUACAGUCGUACCUCGGAAAUCGAACAGAAUCCGUUCUGGAAGUCCGUUCAACUUCUGAAACAUUCAGUUUCCAAAGCGUGGCUUCUGACUGACUGCAGGAAGCUCCUUCAGCCAAUCGGAAGCCCUGUCGAACAUUCAGCUUCCAAAAGAAUGUUUGAAAACUGGAACAAUCACUUCCGGUUUUCGAUCAUUUGGGAGCCAGAAUGUUCGAUUCCCAAGGCAUUCGGGAGCCGAGGUAUGACUGUAGCUUAGUUGCAGUGCUGCUGCUUUACAUACCAGAGGUCCCAGGUUCAAUCCCCAAUUUCUCCAGGUAGAACUGGGAGCGCCCCCUGCCUGAAACACUGGAGAGCAGCUGCCAGUCAGUGCAGACAAUACUGAACUAGAUGGGCUAACAAUCUGAACAAUAGGCAGCCUUGUACUAGAUCAGACCAUUGAGCCAUCCAGCCCAGUACCCCCUACAGUGUCUGGCAGUGUUUCUCCAGGGUUUCAGAAUGGUGUCGCUGUAUAAGGCAGAUUUGUCGGUUCCCACUAUGGCUUUGGGUGACCCAGUUUCACACCUGCACACUCCCCAUUGGAUGCCUGCAACAUCAGGUGACAACUUGCCUAUGCACCCAGCUAAAGAGAUCUUAGUUGGUUUUCUGUGAAUAUGAGGAGACACGGUACAGUAGUUCUAAAUAAAGAAAGUGUCUGUUUUUUAUAUGCUGCACACUGUGCCGGAGCAGAUAGGGUCUUAAAAAAGAAUUUCCAGAGAGGGAGCCAUGUGAGUCUGCUUGUCACAUUAGUAAAACACAUUUUAUUAUGGCAUGAUACGUAUUUGUAAGAGGGACGUGGGUGGCGCUGUGGGUUAAACCACACAGCCUAGGGCUUGCCGAUCAGAAGGUCAGCGGUUCAAAUCCCCGUGAUGGGGUGAGCUCCCAUUGCUUGGUCCCUGCUCCUGCCAACCUAGCAGUUCAAAAGCACGUCAAAGUGCAAGUAGAUAAAUAGGUACCGCUCCGGUGGGAAGAUAAACGGCGUUUCCGUGCACUGCUCUAGUUCGCCACAAGCGGCUUAGUCAUGCUGGCCACAUGACCCAGAAGCUGUAUGCCGGCUCCCUCGGCCAAUAAAGUGAGAUGAGCACUGCAACCCCAGAGUCGGCCACGACUGGACCUAGUGGUCAGGGGUCCCUUUACCUUUACCUUGAAGUAUUUGUGAGCUACGGCCUACUUCACUAGAUUCACAGAGUGUCACUCUCAGUUGUCAGGUGUAUACACACAUGUAAAGAGCUGUGCCCUUCUUGCUCUGCUCACUAAGCCCCCCCUGCAAUUCCCCACCCCCACAAUUACCCUCCAGAGCUUCUCCUUCCCACCCCAUGCAACUACUAAGCUCACUUUCCCCUUUUUCCAGUCCACUUCCUCAUGGAAAUCCAGGAUUGUGAUGCUGUGGCACUACAGAUGAGGGCUGUGUGAUGACAGCCUUACGUUUUUAUGUAUAUAGGAAGAUAAAGGGGGAGGGGAGGAAAUGCAAAGGCCGGAGUUGAAUGGCAAUAGAAUGCAAAAAUACAGUCUGUGACAAUUAGGUUCAGUCAGGGGUAGCCAAUGGGGUUGCUGGAGUCCCAUUGGUUCCAACUGGCCAGGGUUGAUGAGUGUUGAGGUCCAUCAGAGUCUGGAAGGUGCCACAUUGGCUGCAAAUGGAUGCAAAAUGACCACAGCAGCAGUAACUUUUCUUUAAAAAAAGAAAGUUUAUUGAGCAACAAAAACAGACAAUACACACAAAGAGAAAAACAAGCAUAUGAACAACAAAACAAUAUAGUUCAACAUAAGGAGCUUUCAAUAAGAAAGUCAAAAUAAAGAAUCAGGAGUGAGUGAAAUAGAUACAAUUAUAAAAUUAUAAUGACGUAUAAAAACACCACUUACAUUCUUCAGCAGAAAUAGGAAUAAAUGAAAAGGGAUUGCCUGUAUUUAUAGACGCUACAAAAUAAAAUCACAUCUCAAAGGCAGCCCAGGUGACAACAGCAGUAACUGGUGAUACUGUAAACAUAGAAUUGUAGUGUUAGAAGGAACCCUGGGGAUCAUCUGGUCCAACCCUCUGCAAUGCAGGAAUAUGCAGUUGUCGCAUAUGGGGAUCGAACCUGCAACCUUGGCAUUAUCAGUACCACGCUCUAUCCAAGUGAGCUAUCUAUCUUGGCAUCUGAGUAAAGUAUAAGUGUAGCAAAAUGAGCACAAUGGUCCUUCACACUAUUUGUGAUUGGUGAUAUCACCCGUUGGCAGUGGUGAGUAUAUUAACAUCUGCCAUAGAACAGUAAACCAUUGCCUCUGUUCACACCCAGAUGAAUAGAGUUGAACUUUUUGAUAAGCUACAAUUUAUGAGCUUUAUCUGGAGCGUCUUUGUUCUUUUGUCCUUAAGAUAACAGGAAGGAACGGCUGUCUUAAAGUGAUCUUUGCCCUCUGUGGGUUUUUUUUUUAAAGUCAAUAUUAAAUACAGCUUUAACAUGUUCUGGCCAAUUAACUGGGGCACCUUUUUUCAUUGUACAGCAUGCUUUUUAAUUGAUCAAAUGUCACAACCCUGAUUCUAAAUGGACUCCUAAAUUCCUCCUCCAUCUCUAAAUAGGGAAUUACUAGGUAAGGCUUUCCCUUCCGAACACAUUAUCUGCAAAACUUUAUUCCAGCAUUGGGAAAGAAGCUUCAUUUACUGUAGCCAGAGAUUCUAACCUCCAGUUACCCUUCCAUUUGCUUCCUCAUAGCUCAUUUUUGCUUCUUUCUUUGGGUUAUUUAAAGCCUGCCCAGUCUCAAAGUUCUUUCCCAUCCUUUCAAUACAUAUAGGCAGUGCUUUUUUGGGGGGAGGGAUGCAGGGCUACGCAUACCCCUAAACAUUUUGUGAAUCUAAGUUUGGCCUCAUUGAGGGGCAGUAUUUCAAUAUGAGUAGGAAGAUGAGAGUACCACUAAACAGUCUUUUUAUAGAAAAAAAGCACUGCAUAUAUGCACCAUAAAAAUAGAAUAAAAAUUAGACAAGAAUGUAGAGCGUGAAACUCCAGAGAACCUGUUGCUGCAAUGUAUUAAAGCUUCUGCGUAAGGAAGUUAUUUAUAACUGUUUUUAAGUGAUGUACGGAACAAAGAAUCCUGAGGGAUAGGAGAAAACGUGGUGUUUUUAAUUCCUGACCCGCUGGAAGGAUUAAUUUAGAUUUUUUUUCCUUUUUAAAGAAAAACAACUCUCUUCCAAGCUACAUAACGAGGAUUUCCCAAGUCUCCAAGCUGGACACUCGCCUUUGAGUUUCGACAACUUCAUUUUUGGAUAUUAAAUGUAUCAGGAAGUAGAUUUCUCGAAACGCCCGAGCAGCAGCCCAGAAUGUACUGGUGCGUGGGAACAGAGGACUCUGAGGACGACAGCAAGAGAGACAUGGCGGCACAAGACGGUAAAUGAAACACCUUUCUUGCCUAAGGCAAAUUCUGACAAUUCCAUGCAGCUGUAUGUAAAUAUGUAUAUACUAGGGUCUUUGAAAUACCAAGCCCUCAUAACUCACAAACAGGAUGAGAUUAAAAAAACAAAGCAAUUUAAACUUAGCUUGUAUCAUUCAACAAGUAUACAAAAUAUUAAGAAAAUUGGAUGAUGGGAAAUGAUCCAUAAUGAAUUGAAAAAAAUGUUUAGAAGUACUUUCCCCCCAAAAAACCCCCAGAGUCCUUUCUGUUGGGGAUAAUUCAGAUUGAAAUUCCCAGGUGUCAAAAAAGGUUAUUUAUGUAUGCUACUACUGCUGCCCAUGUUUGGUUAGCCCCAAAAUGGAAAACGAAUAAGAAUAAGAGAACAAGAAGAACAUACAUUUUAAAAAGAUUGGAAAAGUUUAUUGAAUAUAUGGGAAAUAAUUGUGUACAGCUGAAAACGCUGGCAGCAUUAAGAUAUAUUCAACAGUGUAAGUAAGUUUUGAUGGAUGCAAUAAUGGAAUACUGAAUGGUAUAGUUUUUAUAAAAUAUGCAGGGAUGUAUAUGAUAUGUAAAAUGAGCCAUGGAAAGAGAGGAAGGGAAGACAUUGAUAUCUUAAGGAAGUAAAAUGAAUAUUUUAAAUUGUAAAACAAAAAAUGUAAUUAAAAAAUUAUAUACAGUAGAAAAUUGGAUGACACAUGGUAAAAAAAAAUUGGAUCCCUUGAUAUGUAAUGACCCAGCUUCAUCAUCAGUCUCUUCUUCCACAACCCUUGGGGUGAGGUCUUUCACCGCUGUCAGUCUCCGGCUCUGGAGACUGCUGACAAAACCACAGUGGAGAAUAGAAGCGGAGGAGGCAGCCCUGUCUGCCUCUCUGCCCUUCCUUCCAGUCUCAUGUCACUGCCCCCCUCCAAAGAAACCCAUAGGGAAGGGCCUGCCAAGAAGCCCAGCCCAGCCCUCACCAACAGCAAGCUUGCUUGCUUUUUCUGGCCACUUGCCAACAUAAUGGACAGCUUGCUGAAACCACAGCCCAGGUGAGCCACAGAGGAACAGGGAGGACAGCCUGGGGCAGCUGUAGUUUGCUUAGGGUGCUGGGAAUUAUAGCUCUCUGAGGGGCUGCCAAGCAACUCUUGGCCCCAUUAACUAACUACAAUUCCCAAGAUUCUUUGGGGGAAGUCACAACUCUUAAAUGUGCUUAAAAUACGCAGUGCUGAUGUGAACAAAGUUCUUCAUAGGGCUUCACCAAAUGACCUAUUUAUUGAGCAUUAAUUCUGAUUUGUUUGCCUGGAGGCUGUAUGACAAUGACCACUCAUCCUGAUUUGCUUGUGGGGUGUUUAUACAUCUUCGCAGUAACCGUCUAUUCAUUCCACGCUCUUCCACCCAUUUCCCUGUCAUUUCCCCAACAGCAAAAAGUCCAUUUCUUUGUACAGUGGUACCUCGGGUUAAGAACUUAAUUCGUUCUGGAGGUCUCUUCUUAACUUGAAACUGUUCUUAACCUGAGGUACCACUUUAGCUUAAUGGGGCCUCCCGCUGCUGCCGCACCACCGCCUCCUGAUUUCUGUUCUCAUCCUGAAGCAAAGUACUAUUUCUUGUAUUAGGGCGCUGGGGCUCUUUAAUUCACUUCAAUGGUGCAAACCUAAAUUUCAUGGCAUGCCCUUGAAUCCCUCCCACAAGGUACUGACAGUCCAGACGUGCCCUUGUCGUGUUCUGGCCCGAUGCCAGAACUCACAGGGAAAGCAGCAAGGUGGGUUGAUGGUUGCCCCGGCUGAGCAACUUGCUCCAGCAAAGGUCGGGAGCACACUGAGGCCUUUUAUGCCUCUGUCCCAAGACUGCCUCCUCCUGGCUCCACCCUCCACCCUCUACCCUCUGAUAGAACCUCAGAGCCUUAGAGGGCCAACCCUCUGGCUUGAAGGCAGCCACUCCUCCUCUGUUCCAUAGCCUCCUUCCUAGUGCACUCCUGGACUGUUGGAAUGCAGUGGGCAGCAUAUGGCUUUCCAGGGAAAGAUGGGUCAGCCUUGAUGGUUUUGGAGGUUCCUCUGGGAGUUAUUAGGGACGCAGGUGGCCCUGUGAGUUAAACCACAGAGCCUAGGGCUUGCCAAUCAGAAGGUUGGCAGUUCGAAUCCCCGCGACAGGGUGAGCUCCCGUUGCUUGGUCCCUGCUCCUGCCAACCUAGCAGUUCAAAAGCAUGUCAAAGUGCAAGUAGAUAAAUAGGUACCACUCUGGCAGGAAGGUAAACGGCGUUUCCGUGCGCUGCUCUGGUUCACCAGAAGCGGCUUAGUCAUGCUAGCCACAUGACCCGGAAGCUGUACACCGGCUCCCUCGGCCACUAAAGCGAGAUGAGCGCCGCAACCCCAGAGUUGGUCACGACUGGACCUAAUGGUCAGGGGUCCCUUUACCUUUACCUUUUACUGGGAGUUAUUGUCCAGCUGCUUAAUGCACACUGGUCUCCCUUUCUUCCCCAGUCAGCCUGAGCCCUUAACCCAGCACUCCCAUCUAGAGCCCCUGUAGCCUCCAACUCAGUGUCCAGUUGAGUGCCAGGUACAGGGAUCAUGGCACUGCCCAUAGGUUGUGUCUCCAACCCAAAACACUCCCAAUGCCCUCUUAAGGCCCCGUUUGAGCUAGCCCUAAUUUCAGCCCUGCUCCGUCAAAUCCAGAUUCAUUUACCUGCUCCCCCCCCCCAUGCUUUAAUCAGGCACCGACCUUACAAGCUGUCAGUCUCCCUCCCCACCUCCAGGAGAAGCCAGCAGACAUCGCAGUCUGUGUCACACACAGCACCAGUGUGCAACGUGGGUGUUGUGUUAUGGAAACGGUGGCAGAAAGACGUUUUGUCUCGGCUCUGACAAUGAAGGUCCUGCAAGAAAGCCAUGGUGUUUGUGGAUUCGUCUCCAUUCUCACUCCUUUGCAGCCUGCAGUUCGUUAACGAGAUAUAUUUAUGAAUGGGGAAGGGAUGCGUUUUGGAUGCUGGCUUGUGAGCCAGGCUUAAACGAAAGCUCUGACAGUGGUGCAAUUGCAGAUUUCCCUGAGCGAUCGCAGAGAAAUUCCGGCUGGUUUUUAUCCUGGUGCUUUUUAGCCUUUAUCAAAGGUCUUUUCUCACCAGGGAUCACAGAGGGCUAGGGCAAAUCCCUGUGUCUCCAUGAGCGUGGAUGGCAUUUACUUUCUAGGCUUCUGUUUCCACCUCGCAGUGAGUCUAUAUCUUAAAAACUCAUUUUUGGGUGUCUCUCUGUGUAUGUACGUGUACAUGUUGAACCAUGAACGUAAUAAUUACCGGGUGCCUUAAAAGAAUAAGGUGCUCUGUAAAAAGAAAGAACUUAUUACAAAGCAUCUGAAUUGCUUUAGGUUGUUAUGACAAUGAGCACUUUUUUUAAGGGGGGAGAAUCUCCCCCAAAUUUAGUGGUACAUAGCAGGUGUUUCCCUACUGUGUUUCAUCAGGGCAUAACUGAGAUUUGUUUCGCUUUGAAUAUUGCUUUGUUAGAGGAAUAGAGGACAAGAAACGAUCAAGGCUGUCACCCUGUGUGCAUUUACCCAAGAGUUAAUCCAGUUUAACUUUGUGGGAAUUCCUUUCAGAUAAGCAUACGUGGGACUGGACUGUAUAACUGGACUGCAUCAGCAGCUCUGUCUCCACAGUCAGAGGCAAUAUGCCUCGGAAUACCAAUUGCAGGAUACUACCGUAGGAGGGGAGAAUCCUGCUUAUGGGCUUCCCAUAGGCAUCUGGCUGGUUGUUUUGAGAGCAGGAUGCUUGGCUAGAUGGGCCAGUGGCCUGAUCCAGCGGGGUUCAUUUUAUGGUCUUAUAUGUUGAGCAUCUCUGUGUGUAUCUGGGGUUGUUACCAUUUGAACAUCUCUUUGUAUAUCUGGGGUAGCCAACAUGACGCCCUCCGGAGGUUUUAGGCUACAACUCCCAUCAUCCCUGACUAUUAGCCACACUGGCUGAGGCUGGUGGGAGUUGAAGUCCCAAAAUCUGGGCGACACCACAUUGGCUAUGCUCUGGUGUGCUUGAUGCAGAAUAAAAUAGUACAGCUAUUGCACAAGCAAAAGAUGUCUGCACAGCAGGGGCUGAUCCUCACGGUCCCUUCCCUACAGUUGGAUGUGAUUCUGUGAUUCCGUAACAAUAUUUGUCAUGUUUGUUCAGUCACGCCUGCACUUUCCACUGCCAACCACUUACUGUCGCCAGGUUUUGCCCCAGGACAGGGGAAAGUGGAAGGUGGUCAAGGAGAUUGGAGGGUAGCUCCCAAGGGAGCUGACGUGGCUGUCUUGAAGCAUUUAGAGAGAUGGGAAGAGGCUCCCACCAUGGUCCUGCCAGUGCUAUUUUUUCUAGAAAAACGUGCCGGAGCUCAUGCAUGCCUCCUUUGUUCUCUUAUAAUAGUAAUGGUGCCCAUCUGAGAGGUGCCAGAACUGAGUUCUGGGUGAGUUCUGGCUGAAAAAAAAGCCCUGGGUGAAACUAAUCUUUGUGCUGACUCUUUAAAUGAGGAUGGAGUUGAUUUCUGUUCCACUUGCUGAGCUGUUUCCGUUCGUUAACUUCCUCCAGGCGGCUUAAUAUAUAAUUUCCUGACGAUGUCCCAGGCCCAGCUGUCGCUAAGCAAUGUGUGAGGGCUCUACAUCUUUAGAUUACAGGUGUGAGUGUACAUUGGUGGCUCUCUCCAUACAAAAUUAGCAUUUCACAGAGAAAGCUAAUUUAGAACCCUGGGUUUCUUGGGUUUCUGGGUGCAGGGAUAAUUUUUGCAUGGAAGAGAGUUCAGUCAUGUGAGACUCCCAUCUGCAGCCAGAAGUGCAGCCCAGAUGCAAUUUUACACCUCCAUAAGAACGAGAGAUUGAAGUUGGCAAGGUUUUUUUUUAAAGGCGGAAUUUUUGCAGAUUUGUUUGAUUUGUGAUAAUUACAUAGUACCCGUAUGUUGCUUUAGAGUCCUCAAUACUCAUUACAAAUCCUUACAGCAACCCUGUGAGGUAGGUCAAUAAUAACAUUUGAAGAGGGAAAAUGAGGUGAGGAAAUGAGAUUGGAGCUUAGAGAGAGCAAUUGAGGGAGCUCACAGCUAUUGUGAGAUUUUUUUAAAAACUGGGAACUUCCUGGCUGUGGAAAUUCACUUUGAUACUGAACUGGGUUUACUUGGAGCAGAACGUUUUGAUCAUUAUUCUUAUUUAAUUAGCACAAAGUACUGCUUAACUGAAAAUCUGGAGAGAGAAAACCCUGCCCUUUUGCAGCCUGGAAGUGUUGUGUACAUUUUGGAGUAUGAUCAACCGUGACUUGUGUUACAUAAAAAUUAUCAAUUUGAAUUGCAAAUUCAGUCAACCAGGGAAUGCAAAGAGAACAUUGGUAAUCACUCCAGGCGAGAACUCUCUGAGAAUCCCUAUUUGUCUUGUAUUAAAGAGUUUGCAGAACUUCUGAAAAAGCUGUGUAACGUAAUUGCAUCGAAUACUGCCUUCCCUUCCCCACCUGUGCUUUGAGUAACUGUCAGAGCCUCUGAACCCCUUAAGAUGUCCUUUUCAUUGUGCAUUUGUGAUUAUUUGUGCUCAGGAUGGUAUCAGGGUCGUUGUACAUGGUCCCAUUUUCAGUACUGUUUCUGCCUGCAAAAGUUCCGGGGCAGGCAUUCCGCUUCGUUUCCCAUCAGUUCACGUCUCGUAACUUCCUGCUGAAAUCCUGCAAGCUUUCAUGCCACAAACGCUUGGCGGUGAGCGUGGGGAUCCAACUUUGGUUGUACCUUAGUGCAGUAAUGCCCCUCUGGAUGGUGGGGCAGUAUCGGGGCAGCUUUGCAGAACAGCUAAGGAAAUGGAAUGGCGUGUGGACAGCCUGGUAUAAAUCCAGCACUAAUGCACUGUUAUUGUGUCAAAGACACAAUAGCAGUGUGUCUUUGCAGAAUAUACCCACCAAAAAAGAGAGAGGGAGAGAGCCACCAGUCUGGAGGGUGUUUAGUAUGUGUAUACAUUCGUAGUAUGUAUUUAUUUAUUUUGCGCCCAUCUGGCUGGGCUUCCCCAGCCACUCUGGGCUGCUUCCAGCAAAAUACUAAAAUACAAUAAUUCGUCAAAUAUUAAAAGCUUCCCUAAACAGUACCUUGGACCUCAAACGCCUUGGCUCCCGAACGCCGCAAACCCAAAAGUGAGUGUUCCGGUUUUCGAACGUUCUUUUGGAACCCAACCAUCCGACAGGGCUUCUGUGGCUUCCGAUUGCCUGCAGGAGCUUCCUGCAGCCAAUCAGAAGCCGCACUUUGGUUUCGGAACAUUUUGGAAGUCGAACGGAGUUCCAGAACAGAUUCUGUUCGACUUCCAAGGUACGACUGAAUUGGGGUAUUAGAAUGGAAUUCUAUUUCAAGUGGGGAGCUAAGCAUGGUGGUGGCAGAGCCCGUGCUUUAUGUAUGUAUAUACUUAGUUUAUAUCCUGCCCUUUCUCCCCAAAAAGAAGGGCUGCAAACACACAAAUGAUUAAGCAGUUGAAAGAUAUUAGAACUAUAUCAACGCAAUGGCAGACUGGGGGAAGUCUCUAUUUAAAGGGCUUGUUGGUAGAGGAAGAUAGGCGCCUAAAAGAUGAUAGGGAUAGCACCUGCCUAAUAUUUAACGAGAUUUAUUCAUCAUCAUAUUUCCCCAGGGUAAGCCACAUUCAAAGCACCUCCACGCAGCAUUGAAGAGUUUGCAUAAGAUAACUCGCUGGCUGUUAACAAGACACUGCAAAACUGGGAUAGCUGUAUAAAGAACAGGCUAAGGAAAGCAUCUCCUAUUAAAAAAUAUUCAGAGUGGUUUAGCAAUCAGUUCCUUCUUCCUAGGAACUCUGGGAAUUGUAGCUCUCCCAGGGGGAAUAGGGAUCUCCCAACCGACUUUUAGCAACCUUAACCAACUGCAGUUUCCAGGAUGGGGCAAGCGAAUGGAGAGCCAUGAGUGUUUUAACUGGUACCAUGCUGCUUUAAAUGUAUCGCGCUCAUGACAAAAGCAGUGUCCAGUGAUUUGAAGAGAAGAAGAAGGAGUUUGGAUUUGAUAUCCCGCUUUAUCACUACCUGAAGGAGUCUCAAAGCGGCUAACAUUCUCCUUUCCCUUCCUCCCCCACAACAAACACCCUGUGAGGUGAGUGGGGCUGAGAGACUUCAGAGAAGCGUGCCUAGCCCAAGGUCACCCAGCAGCUGCAUGUGGAGGAGCGGAGACGUGAACCCGUUUCACCAGAUUAUGAGUCUACCGCUCUUAACCACUACACCACACUGGCUCUCCUCCAGAGGUUAGGGUCUCCUGGGGUCUGAGUGAAGGAAGUUGGUAAUGAAUUUAGCUGCAAAGUUUUGGGCUGAGGUCCAGCUCUGGCAACUGAUGACUGACUACUUAUUCCGAUGUCCAGCAAUUGCCUCCUCCAUAUUAUUUUUAUUUUUUGCUGGCUACAUUUUCAGGGGCUUUGAUCCCCUAUUCCCUUUGUGCAGGCAAAUCUGCCUUGGAAAUGCAACAUGAAAGGGCUUGUCAAGUGAAGAGCUGUUUGCCUUUAUGCAUGUUUCAUGAAUGCAUCUCAAUUUAGGGGCGGGAGGGGAGAACUGACAGUGACAUUGGAACAGGAUUUGCUUACAGUUUUAAGACUAUUUGUAGACUCCCAGGACUGGGCUGAGGCCAGGAGGCAAGAUACACAGCCUAACUUCCACCCCAGAGCUGAGUCAUUUUCAGUUUUUUCAUCACCUUCUUUCUUGACAUUUUAUUAAGAAGCAAGCUGGGAUGUGGGUGGUGUAGCCUGGCAGCUAGCCAAAGAGAUCAGGAAAAUUCCCGGAAAACAGACCCAUGGAGAUUUGAAGUUCAGAGCAGGUCAGGCAAGCGAGAACAAAGCAAAGAGAGGAGAGCAUUGCUGAGGAACCUGCUAGCUUAGGGGUGAGGAUGCACAAAUAUUAUUGAAAAGCGUUGAAAGUAACUGAGGUUCUUACCCCUCCCCCCAGCCCACACACCCUGGCCUUAAGCCAAUUAGAUUUAUAUGUCUGGAUUUUCCCGGACACGACUGGGAUUUCAAAGGCAAAAUUGAUGUCCGGGGGGGGGGGGAUUUCCGAAAGGCGGCACUUUUUCCUGGAUCUUAGGCAAGUCAGUUGAAAAAGCUCAACAGCUUUUGGGGUACCUUGGUUUUUACAUUUUUGAAAUAUGGCAACCCUAAAUUAGAACGUUUUCACUGUUUUAGAAUAUUUCUGUUCUCUCUUUGUUCCCUUAAAUUGUGGAUACAUUCGCUGCCCUGGGCUCCCUUAGGAGGAAAGGCGGGAUAGAAAUUCAAUAAUAAUAUUAUUAUAAUUUAUUAUUUAUACUUGCCCAAAUUGCUGGGUUUCCUCAGCUACUCUGGGCGGCUCCCAACCGAAUGUUAAAAACGCAAUACAGCAUUAAACAUUAAAAACUUCCCUAAACAGGGCUGCCUUCAGAUGUCUUUUAAAAGUAAGAUAGUUGCUUAUUCCCUUGACAUCUAAAGGGAGGGUGUUCCACAGGGCAGGUGCCACUACUGAGAAGGCCGUCUGCCUGGUUCCCUGUAACUUUGCUUCUCGCAGCGAGGGAACCACCAGAAGGCCCUCGGAGCUGGACCUCAGCGUCUGGGCAGAAUGAUGGGGGUGGCGACACUCCUUCAGGUAUACUGGGCCGAGCCUAUUUAGGGCUUUAAAGGUCAGUACCAACACUUUGAAUUGUGUUCGGAAACAUAAUGGAAGUUUUAAAGUACAAUAAGAGUUUUAAAGAUGAGCACCAGCAUUUUGAAUUGAGCCUUUGUUAUAGACCAGGAGCCAGCACAGUUUUUAAAGCUCUGGUGGCAGUGAGGUAAGUCUCCACAUCCCCAGUUCUGAUUAGCAACCUAUUUUGAACAGUUUCCAAACAAAAUGUGCAUCUCGGGACAGUGCCUUUUACAGUGGUACCUCAGGUUAAGUACAUAAUUCAUUCCAGAGGUCCGUUCUUAACCUGAAACUGUUCUUAACCUGAAGCACCACUUUAGCUAAUGGGGCCUCCUGCUGCUGCCGUGCCACCAGAGCAUGAUUUCUGUUCCCAUCCUGAAGCAAAGUUCUUAACCCGAGGGACUAUUUCUGGGUUAGCGGAGUCUGUAACCUGAAGCGUAUGUAACCUGAAGCGUAUGUAACCCAAGGUACCACUGUAUCUGCAUCUUGCAGAGGGAAGUGGAGCAGCAAUCAGGCAAGCUGGCGUGUCUGUCAUAACUGCCUGUAAUAUGCCUGAAUAGGCUUCCAAACAGCAUCAAGAGUCUGUGGCUGAAGACACACUGUACUUUUAAAACUCACAGCUUCCUCCAAAAAAACCAAAACACCUUGGGUUUUUUAUUUUUAAAAAGGGUGCUGGGAAUUGUAGCUCUGCGAUGGGUGAACUACAGUUCCCAGGAUGCUUUGUGUGGGUAGUCAUAUGUUUUAAAUGUAUGGUGUGUGGUCAAGUAUCAAAUAUUUGCUGGUCAAGGAUCAACAUGGACAGCUGCACUUCGCUAGAGGAGCCAUGUAUCAUCUGGGGAUAUUUUAAUUCUACAAGGCGGGGGACACUGGUUUGUAGGUUGUUUUGUUCCUUUUUUCAAUCAUGUAUUUUGUGCUUUUAUAUUGUAUAUUUACGUUGUGAACUGCCCUGAGAGCUGCAGAUGAAAGGCAGUAUACAAAUUAAAUAAAUAUUCAAACAAACAAACAACUACAAAGAAGAUCAUCAACGCAACAGUCCAGCUACAGUUUCGGGAAGUUUUUAAUGUUCGAAGUUUUAUUCUGUUUUUAAUGUUCUGUUGAAAGCCGCCCAGAAUGACUGGGGAAACCCAGCCAGAUGGGCGGGGUAGAAAUAAUAAAUUAUUAUUAUACAUUAUUAUUACAAUUCCAGAUACCAAGUUGUCCAUAAUGCCUUCCCAUAGAUAUAAAAACCUCCCACUUUCAUUAUUAUUAUUUUAAAUAAAACUUAUCGUUAACAGCGUUCACAGCUAUUCCACACACCUGAAGCACGUGGCUUUUUUGAAAGCAUCCUGUGAACUGUAGUGUGUUCAGGGUACUCGGAACCAUAGUUCUGUGCAGGGUAAACUACAGUUCCCAGGAUUGGGGGGAGGGGUUCAUGUGCUUUAAAUAGAUGGCAUGUAUGCAGCCAAUCUCUGUUGCCUCGGGAGCAUUUGCAGAGCAUGAAGUAGCUGCAGAAAUCGCCUCUGUUGUUGUGCAAUUAUUUAUGACCUGCUAUGUUUUUGGAUGCUAUAAUUCAAAUCUUAUCGGAACAGUCCUGCCCAGUGGUGCCAUUAGGAUUGGGUUUGGGACAGAAGUCCAGGGCACCACCAGCAGAACGUGAAGGAGGUGUCCUCUGAACCUAACAAGACCAGCUUCCCAAAUUGUGUGACGUACAUGAAGCAGAACGGUGCCAACUAAAGGGGGGCACGAGACCCACCAAGUCCAGAGUUUAUAUUUGCCUUUCUGCACCACUAAUCCUUCUCAUAUUUACUCAGAAAUAGGUUCUGUGUGCAACAAGGUUUACUUGCCAGGUAAGUGUGCCUGGGAUUUCAGACUCCCUAUGCAAAUCAUUGCUUGGAAGUAAAUCUUGAUUAAGCAAACUCCUUAGUAAGUGGUUUGAUUUUUUUUUUAAGGGUUUCAGCCUAAAUCUAGUUUAAUUUUCAUACAUCUACAUCAGUAUACUUCGUUAUUUCUUGAAAUCCGUGAACACACCCGCUGCUUUCUUUUUCUGGCUUGCUCAUCUUCUGAUCAAUCAAGUAUCGGAACAGGAAAAGAUUAAUCCAAUAAAUUGCAGUCCCAGCCAUCUGGUGUCAUGCAGGACUUUGAUGUCUGAGGUAACCCUGCAAGCUCUCCCUCACCCCCCACCCCACCCCACUCCCAUUUUUCUGCUGCCUUAUUUAUCUCAGAACCCACAGCUUGGGUUUCACUCCAAGGGGACACAGAUAUGUCCAUUAACCACCAAAGCGAAAAAUUAUCUGUAAUUAUUUCAGACCAAGGUUUCCUUUUCAGCCACAAGGUGCUAAGAGCAUGGGAGAGCGCAUGGAGAGCGCUCCUUGCAGCAUGUGAUGGGUUAAUGGCCUUUUAGCUUACAUUGGACUUUGCAGAUUGCGCUGCCUCAAAUCUGACUUAAAAUUCAGAGGGGUUUGGAGCUGCCUUUCCGAAUAAUGACAAGGUGAGUUCCCUGCGCGAGGUGGCCGUUGGAUGGAGAUUGCAAUGGAAGCAGCUCCAUUUUCCUUGACUUCGUGUUUUAUCAUAUAUAUAGUUAUUUCCUGCAAAUAAAAAUGGGGAGGGGGGGAAUUGUAAAUCCAUCCAGAGAACCAUCCAGAGUGCUAAAUAAAGGCAAUAAGAGAUGGUGAUAAAAGCCUUCAAAGUGGGUAUUUCAGAACUCUAGAAUUCUUAAAACGACUUGCAUUGAUGUCACACAAAUUAAGAGUUAUGCUUUAUAUUUAGAGAAUGAUAGACAGCUGGGCUUUCCCACACUAAAGAAUGCUACUCUGUCGUUUUAAUGUUCAUGCCAUAAAGCGGGGGGGGGGGGCGGAGAUUUCAGGCAUUAUAGGGGAUGUUUGCUUGGGUUUUUGUUCGUAGAACCCUAUGUUCUACCAGAAGGCAAUACAGUUAGCUCAGGGUGCCUCCUGGUUAUUGUCCUUCAUUUCAGCAGCAUACUUUAACUGGGAAAAGUCAUUUUGUUGGUGUUAUUGCCAUGGUUAAACAAUUGGGAAUCAGGUACUUUUCCUGAUCUAUUGUACAUCACCAAGAGAUCUACCACCUACUCCCAAUGUAAAGAAUAUGUGAGUUGCAAUGUGCAGUUUAUCACAAUUCCUCUAAUUUUUGUUCCUUAGUACACUAGCAUUAAGGAUAGCUUGCAAAGAAGCCAAUCAAUAUAAAAUUCAGCUCAUCCUUUUGGCUAAAGGGGCUUCUUCAAAGCCUAGUUUUAGUCAAAAGAUGGGACCCUGCAGACACUAAGGAACACCUCUGUAGAAGAGUUUUGCCCACAGAUGCCAGCUUUGCAAUCCAUGAAUUAAGCUCUACAACAAAAUUUUAUUUCUUUCUGUGCUUGCGUAAUACGUUUAAUUAUGCUCUACAUAUUUUUUUCAGCGACUCUUUGAGAUUCAUGCAAAUGCUGUUGGGUUGUUUUGCACUGUUGAAACUAGGUUAAACGCAGAGCUGAGGCACAACAGAAUUAAAAACUGCUUAUAUUAUUAGAGCGGGUUUUUUCCAGGAAGUGGGGGAAUAUUGCAUUUAAAAUCCUGUCUCUCAAAACUCCGUGCUCAAGUUUUUCCUAUCACUAUCUUUGGGUGUGCCUUAUAGAUCAGCCUUCACCAACCUAGUACCCUCCAGAUUUCUUGGGCGGCUGAAUGUCUGGAGGGCACCAGGUUGGUGAAGGCUACUAUGGACCAACAAGCACAAUGGCAUGUGUAGAGAGAGAGAGCGAGCACCGUGGUAAAGGUAAAGGUAAAUGGACCCCUGACCAUUAGAUCCAGUCGUGACCGACUCUGGGGUUGUCACGCUCAUCUUGCUUUAUUGGCCAAGGGAGCCGGCGUACACCAUCUGGAUCAUGUGGCCAGCAUGACUAAGCCGCUUCUGGCGAACCAGAGCAGUGCAUGGAAAUGCCAUUUACCUUCCCCCCGGAGUGGUACCUAUUUAUCUACUUGCAUUUUGAUGUGCUUUUGAACUGCUAGGUUGGCAGGAGCAGGGACCGGGCAACAGGAGCUCACCCCAUCGCGGGGAUUCGAACCGCCGACCUUCUGAUCAGCAAGUCCUAGGCUCUGUGGUUUAACCCACAGCACCACCGCGUCCAUGGUAGCUGCCCCCAAAUGACAGGUUGUCCUUGGAGGCUCACCAGAAUCUGGGCCUGAUCAACUUCUGUAGCAAGCUUAAGAUAUCUCUUGAUAAAGCUUUCAGUAUGUAGGGUUAAUGUGAGGAGCAGGAGAGGACUGGAAUUUUGAUAAGUUUUCAUUGAAUGGAGCUAUGUAUCCUCAUAAGAUGCAUCAUAUUACUAGAGUUUAUUUUAUGCCUCUCCUUAUUUUGCCCAAUUAAUUUUUGCUUCUUUACCAACAGAGGUGGUGAAGGAUUUGUUUCAGAUGCUGAAGUUCAUUGCAAAUUUUAACAUGCUAGAUCCAUUAUAUUCCUGGUAAUAUUAAUAAAACCUCAGCCUCCACCCUCCUUCCAACCUACUCUCAGUCAACCCCUGGAAUUUAAGAUUUGACCUGGCAUAGUUUUGCAAAUGCAUACCAGGAGCCCAGCCAUCUCUUAACCUGCUCAACAGAGCAGAACUUUUUGCCUGCUGCCCAGCCUUAGAUUUGAGGGUCCCUUUUCUGUCAGAGGGACUGGGGCUCUUUUAUGUUGUGUCAGCAGUGGGCAGAAAUAGCAGUUAGAACCUGACAGAGACCAGCUACCAUAUAAAUUUUCAAUAAUGCCCCACACAGAGAUGCUACAUCUGAGGCAUUGUGGGAAAUUGGAAUGGCAGAUAGACAUAGCUAUCUGGCACUGUGUUGGAAUACUAAACUGCAAGAAGUGAGGUUACAGGGAACCAGGCAGAGGGCCUUCUCGGUAGUGGCGCCCGCCCUGUGGAAUGCCCUCCCAUCAGAUGUAAAGGAAAUAAACAACUAUCUGACUUUUAGAAGACAUGUGAGGGCAACCCUGUUUAGGGAAGUUUUUAAUGUUUGAUGUUUUAGCAUGUUUUUAAUAUUCUGUUGGGAGCUGCCCAGAGUGGCUGGGGAAGAAAUAAUUUAUUAUUAUUAUUAUUAUUAUUAUUAUUUAUUAUUAUUAUUAUUAUUAUUAUUAUUAUUAUUAUUAUUUAUUAACUGGGGGGGAAGGAGGGCAGACAUCAAGGGUGGGCCCUUCCUUGGACCCCAGCAUCUACCCAAGAAUUCAGGGUAAGGUGGUGCUGGCACCCCGCUGAAGCCUGCACCCCAAGUCUAGUUCCUAGUGUGGUCAUCUACUUCCUUGGUUCAGCUCCCUGGCACUGGAUUCGGAUUCUUCCAAUGGAGUCCGGCCCAUAGCUGUCAACGUUCCCCUUUUUUUAAGGGAAAUUCCUUUAUUCCGAAUAGGAUUCCUUGCAAGAAAAGGGAAAAGUUGACAGCUAUGGGCCGGCCUCUCUGGUCAUUACUCUGCCAUGCGUAAAGACCUGGAGCCAAUGCCAGCUCCCCAGCUUUGACAGAUCAUCCUGUCCUUCCCACGUUCUCUAAGGCCCGGGGGUAUCGUGUGGGGGUAUUAUUGAUGCCUUCACAGCUUAAUGGCUCAAAUCCCCGGAGCCGUCUCGGCUGUCUCAGUGACCUGAGCUCUGUUUUGAAUAAUUGACGAGGAAGAGUUAGUCAGACUUUAUGGGUAAUCCAAGAUGCCUUAUUCAAGGGUAUUUGCGGACAGCUGCAGAUGGAGCCCAACUCUUUCCCCUGUUUUAGGGUGUGCUUUACGAGGGUGGAGAAUACCCCAUAUGGCGGUUAUUGCUUUGUCAGUAGGGGGUUGCACUUAAGCUGCUUCUUUCAGCCCAUUGAGUGUUUGUGGAAGAUGGGUAGCUUUGUCAAGUCUUUAGUAGCAGCAAAACCAAUCCAAGAGCCCUGUAGCAGCUGACAUGCCACUAUUACAAUGGUCCGGUGGCUUCCGCCCCUGCUCACUCUUCUCUCCAAUCCUGUCUCCCCGCCAACCCCUUUGACAGUCUCCCUUGCCCCACACCUCUCACACCCCCUCAGGUAUCCCCUCACAGCUCGCCCUGAGCCCCUCUCCCUUUUAAGAGACGGCGGGAACACUAUACUGAUUUUUUAAAAGCUUUUUUGCCAUGGUCUUCCCAAUCCUGGUGCCCUCCAAUAGGGCUGAUAUAAGCAUGGAUGAAUCUGUUGAUUCAGGUUCUCUUUGUUUCUCGUUUUUCCACUCUUGAGUUCAGUUCCCCUUAUUUCAACGACAGUUUGUAAUUUUUUAAUGCCUUUAUGUAACUUUCUUCUAAUAUAUGCAUUUAGGAAUGCACUUUUGCCUCACACAUACCUUUUUGCAAAGCAUAUUUCCCCCUAGUAAAAUGUGUUUUUGUUUGUUAUUUUCACAAAUAUAUAUGCCGGAGAACUGCAUUGCAAAAGUUGGAGAAGAGCAAAGUUCAAAGGAUGUCUACGUUUCAGUUCUUGGAACGUUUUAGAAAGUGCAGUUUAGAUAGAUCUGCCUUUAAAUGUGAACUGAAUCAAAUUUAUCCCCCAUCCCUAGACUGACAGGAUUUGUAAUCCAAAUCAAGCCCAGCUAAUAUGGCUGUGCUGGCUGGGGUUGAUCAGAGUUGUGUUAUUAUUUCUUGUUUAUAAUAAUUAAUUUAUAUAUCACUUAAUUGCCAAAGUGUCUUCUAGGUGGUUUACAAUAGCAAUUGCAAAAUAAAUAUGUGUAAUUAAAAUGUGCAGUAAAAGCAAUUCCAUCAAAACAUUAAAACAAACACCCACAAUUGAAUCCACAGUAAAACAAGCAUGUCAAAACAUCACAGUAAUUAAAACUUUGUGUCUCUAAUACAGAACUAUGCUAAAUAUGAAUAUUGGUAGAUGGGAGUUGUAGUCCAAAACAUAUGGAAAGCACCAGGUUGUGGGGUGGGGUAUCUUUUUGUUUCCUCUCUGUGAAGGAUCCAGGGCCUCUUUGUUUCAUUAGAUAUCAUCUGUCGGAAAGUACCUUUUGCAUAUAUUUAAGGAAGUGUCACCUCCAGUUUUGUGUCCCUGUUUGAAAGUGCACACAUUUAUUCCUUUCUCUCAGCUAUUGGUCCUCUUCUCUCUCCCUCCUUCCCCAAACACUCACCAAACUUGAUAGCUCAGUGGUGGACCAUCUCCUAUCUAGUAGCUCCAGGAAGGGUGGGAAAGCCUCUUGACUGAAACCCUGGAGAGCUACUUCCAGUCAGUGUAAAAAGGUAAAGGUAAAGAACCCAUGGAUAGUUAAGUCCAAUCAAAGGCGACUAUGGGGUUGCGGCACUCAUCUCGCUUUCAGGCUGAGGGAGCCGGCGUUUGUCCACAGACAGCUUUCUGGGUCAUGUGGUCAGCAUGACUAAACCGCUGCUGGCACAGCGGGACACUGUGACGGAAGCCAGAGCACACGGAACUGCUGUUUACCUUCCCGCUGGAGCGGUACCUAUUUAUCUACUUGCGCUGGCGUGCUUUUGAACUGGUAGGUUCGCAGAAGCUGGGACAGAGCGAUGGGAGCUCACCCCGUUGCGGAGAUUCGAACUGCCGACCUUCUGAUCAGCAAGCUCAAGAGGCUCAGUGGUUUAGACCACAGCGCCACCCGUGUCCCUCCAGUCAGUCCUGAGAUGUACUGUCCUGAGAUGAACCAAUAGUCUAACUCCAUAUAAGGCAGCUUCCUAUGCUCCUGCGUUGAGAUCUUUUUACCUGCAUGUCUUUCCUUUCUGCAGGUUGUUGUUUUAACCUGCUGCUCUGCCAUUUUUUAAUUUGCAGUUUUAUAUUGUCAUCUUGCCUGUAUUUUUAUUGCAUUUUUAGUGUUCUACAUCAAAAGCAGCCUUGAGGCCAGCCCCACAGAAAGCGGCUUCUAAGUAAAUAAAAGUUCUCUCCCCUUUCUCUCUGUGUGCAGAUCCCAUGGGCAUGGGGGCCAGACAGUCCUCCGCUGGAGGUCUCUCCAUCGGCCAGGGUCCAGCAACAGAGACUGUGGAGGGCGCUUACAGAAGUGGAGAAUUCGGUAGAGCCCAGGAGCUGAUUAAAGCAGCGUGUCAGGAGAAUAUCUCGGCAGUGGAGAAGGUAAGGGCACAGCCGUCAAAAUUCUGCGCCAAAAUGAAAGACGAGAAGAGUACAUUCUGCAAAUCAAGACAUUUGCUAUGGGAUCUCCAGCAUAACCUUGCAGCCGCUUGAAUCUUGUUUCCUAGGAGACCCCUAUUCCUCUCACAGAGCUGCAGUUCCCAGAAUGCUUUAACAAUCCCUCUUCCCAGGGAACUUGGGGAAUUACAGUGGUACCUCGGGUUACAUACGCUUCAGGUUACAUACGCUUCAGGUUACAGACUCCGCUAACCCAGAAAUAGUGCUUCAGGUUAAGAACUUUGCUUCAGGAUGAGAACAGAAAUCGUGCUCCGGUGGUGUGGUGGCAGCGGGAGGCCCCAUUAGCUAAAGUGGUGCUUCAGGUUAAGAACAGACCUCUGGAACGAAUUAAGUACUUAACCCGAGGUACCACUGUAUAGCUCUGUAAGGUGAAUAGUGUUCUCCUAACAAUUCCUUGCACUCUUAACAAACUAUAGUUCCUAGGGUUCUUUGUGGGGAAGCCAUGACUUUUUAACAUGGCCUGAUAACUGUAAGGUGGAAAUGAGGCCAAUUCCCCCAUGCCCAUUUAACUUCACAAUGGUUGCAGUUAAGAGCAGCAGGUCUCCCAUUUUGUUCACAGUAGCAGCAUUGUGGAAAGGGUUAACCACCCUUCCCACCUUUGGCCUGUUAUUUUUCCCACUGGGGAGCAACUCUGAGGGAGAAUACGAUUGAGAUCCAGAAAACAGCAGGGGUGUAUACGGGAAAAUCCCCCUCUACCCACCUCUACCCCUGUAGUCAAAAUCAUAGGCUAACCCUGCUAAGUCCUCCCACAGUGGGUUACUUUGGCCUACUCGCUUCCAGAUUCUUCUCUAGCUACCCGUCCACCAAGGAUGAGGAACCAGUGGCCUUUCAGAAGAGUUUGGACUUCAACUCCCAUCAGCCCCAGACAGUGUGGUCAGUGGUCAUGGAUGAUGGGAGUUGUAGGCUAACAACACCUUGCGAGCUACAGCUUCCUCAUGUCAGUAUAUCCUGGUGAGAUCAAGAAGGCCAUUUUAUGAAAUUCUGGGCCACGUCACCAUCUCCACAAAACAUCUUAUGGAGAAAGUAGGUAGUGAGACAAACAAAGCAUCCGAACUUGUGGGCAUCCAGCGAAGCUGAAUAUUGGAAGAUUCAGGACAGAUUUUUAAAAACUGUGGAACCUCCUUCCAUACAAGGCAUUGGUGGCCACCAACCUAGGGGGCUUUAAAAGAGGAUUAGACAAAUUGGCCUGAUCCAACAGGCUCUUAUCUUUGAUAUAUCUUCACUAUGGCUUGUGAAUAACAAAAAAAAUCUCUGUGUUUUGGUUCAUUUGGGCUCAUGUGCUAUGUAUUCCACUCCUCUUCUCCAAACCAGGGCCUCCUCUUGAGUCUUUCCACUGCCUAUGGGGACCUUGAGACCGUGAGGUAUUUGCUGAAAGAAGCAUGCGUGACUUUGCCCCUGGAACCCAACGACGAUAACCCAGCUGUUGUGGCAGCAUAUUUUGGGCAUACAGACGUUGCUAAAGAACUGCUGGAUUCUUUUCAUGGUAGGUUAUUCUCCUGCCCAUCCCAUUAGCCUUUAAGGUGCUUGUUGAAGCUACUUUGCCUCUCGUACCUUCCAUUGAAGGGCCAUAGUUCAGUGGUAGAGCAUCCACCUUGCAGGCAGAAGGUCCCACUUUUAAGCCCCAGCAUCUCCAGGUAGGGUUGGGGGAAUGUCCCCUAUCUGAAAUCCUUCAUAGAUGCUGCCCCAGUCAGUAUAAACAAUACUGAGCUAGAUGGACCAAUGGUUUUACUCAGUGUCAAGCAGCUUCCCAUGCCCCUAUGUUCCAUCUUUCUGAACCCUAGGAGCUUUCAGAAACAGGACCUUAGGAACUGUUGUUCUGCCAAGCGGCCAUUUUAUUUUAUUUUAUUUUAAAAUUAUUUAUACAUUUCAAGUUUAUACAUUUCACUGAUUUUAUACAUUUCACUAAUUUUUUCAAUUAUUUUGACAUUUCAAAACUUGACUUCUUUCCCCCUCUUUCUACAGUUCCUUAAAUUUGUUUUUAAUAUCGUCUGCAUAUCCAGAUUAACUUAAUUUGCUCAUUUAUUAAUCUUCUUUAAAUAUAUACUGUUAUGAAACUACAGGUUAUUACAAUAAUCCUGCCAAUGUUUUUAUCUGUUUAUAAUUUAUCUGUAACUAUUCAAUAAACCAUUUCCAUUCUUUUAUUUAAAGAAUUGUUAACUUGAUUUCUUAUUCUUCGAGUAAGUUUCGCCAUUUCUGCAUAUUCCAUAAGUUUUUGCAUCUAUUCUUCCUUUGCUGGAACUUCUGCUUUUUUCCAUUUUGGGGCAAGUAAUAUUCUUGCUGCUAUAGUAGCAUACGUGAAUAAUUUCUAUACAUUUUACAUAGUUCUGUCCCACCAAGCAGCCAUUUUAAGCAUUCUACCAUUUUAAGCAUUAAGGAUUUGAACCUGCUUGGGCCCCUAAGCUCAGCCUUGGAGGCCCUGCUGCCUGGACCACCACUAAGUUCAAUGAGAUUGAUAAAUACCAGGGUUAGGACCUUUUUCGUGGUGGCCCACAUAGUAGAAGUCUCUCUAUCCUAAAGCUCUGAUUGGCCACCUCUCUUAACACAUUUAAGUGGACCCGCUGACUUAAAACAACAACAACAAACUGCCAAGCACUUUAUUUAUUGAAGGACUUAUAUACCACCCUCUCCAUAAAAUAUCAGGGAGGUUUACAACAGUAUGUAUACUAUAAAAUAUAAAAACCAUUUAAAGCAGAACACAGUAGUCAUUAAAAUGGCCGGCUAAUAAAAAGGCUGUAAGCAGCUGCAAUAGGCCUUUUGGCAUGAAACUGGUUUUAUUUGUGGCCCCUUAUGUAUUAUUGCACCUGAUACUGUUUUAGUUUUAAGUUUUACCUUCCACACUGUGAGCAGCCUUGCGAGGGCUUUUCCUACAAGGCAAGGUAUUUAUAAACAGUGCAGCAAUAAAUUGUAAUAACAGUUUAAUAGGGAAGCUCCUUCACAAAGCAGCCGUUCCCAGGAUUCCUUGGGGAAAGCCCGUGACAGGAUAGUGCUUUAAAUUUUACCGUGAUCAUGCCCUAAAGCUAGACGUCGUAUUUAUUUAAAUUGAAAGUCAAGUUUCACAGGGCUCCAGACUCCAUGCCUGAUAACCAGACUAUUCUGUUGACUGGCAGUCCUGAGGCUACUGAGAUGGCAAAUAGCCCUGCGUGUCCUGUUACAAGAUAAUUGACAGGUGUGCUGUUUAUGGGCGAUGCCCCUUGUGUUUUCUUGCCUGUAAAUUGCUCCAGAGGCUGACGUAGUUGUGCUUGUGCUCGUUUUUUAAAAAACAGGUCCUGCAAACAUGUUGCAGCUCCUGAACUGGAUGCUGGCCAUUGCUUGCCAGCAGGGCCACCUGGACAUAGCCAAGCUCUUAGUGCUGACAUACAAAGCAGACCCCGACAGCUAUGCCUUGAGAAAGAACGAGUUUGCAGCUCUGACACGUUUGCCACUCUAUGCAGCUAUGAAAGCAGGUACUGUAUGUGAACGUGGGAUCUGUGGUCUCCUUUCCCUUUUAAAAACUUCGCAUUCCCACUUAGGGGCAAAAGAAGAGAUGGUUGGCAGCUGGGGCUGCAAAAUUGCACCAUUUCCCAUUCCGCACUGUAUUUGACACAUAGAGGUUUCUUUUUUUAUCACCGAGCCUCUCAGUUGGUGUUUUUUAAUUACCUGGCUGUGUUCACACCAGACAUUUAAAGCACAUAACUUCUCUCAAACUGUAGUUUGUGAAGGGUGCUGGGAAUUGUAGCUCUGUGAUGGGUAAACCACAGUUCCCAGGAUUUUUGGGGGGAGGGAAACCUUGUGAUUUAAAUGUGCUUUAGCUAUAUAGUGUGCACGCAGGUCUUUGGGAUAUAUGGCAUUUUUGCUUUAAAAAUAGCCUGAAAUGUGCACGCGGGUGUUAAUUUUCUUCCCUUCCAUCUUCUUUGCUAGGACAUGAAAAGGUUGCUGCCUUCUUGCUUGAGAAUGGAUCCUUCUUUUCUUCCUACGUCCUGGUGGACUGCCCCAGCACAAGCAAACAAGUUCUUCGUAAAUACUUUGUAGAAACAAUCAAGUUACCUGGGAAUGCCCCAGCAAAGACAGUGAGUAGGUGUUUGCAUAUCACAAGACAAGGGGAACUAAGUGACUUGCACUUGGUAAUGCUAAUAGCAUGCCUUUCUGGCCUCAGAUACACCCCAUACUUCCCCUCCCCCCCAAAAAAGUGUCUCUUUAAUUCAUUGCUUUAACACAGCGUGAAGACUUGAGCGCACAGUAGAUCAGUCACGAUGCCCCAUGAUAGGCCUAUUUUUGUCCUGAUAAGCUGGAAUGAGUCAGAUGACUUUCCCUGGCCUCCAUUAAGGCUUGCAGCUUGGGCAGGCUGGCUGGCUGACCGGCUUGAGCAGGCAUAGGAAACCUUUGGGCCUCUAGAUGUUGCUGAACUACAACUCCCAUCAGCCCCAGCACUUGUGGCCAAUGUUUGCCAUGGUGAGCCUCCAUCUCCCUACUGGCGACUGCGAAGCUGAGAGCAAUCAGUUUGCAUGUCCGUCUGUAGUCCAGAGCAGAAAUUAGUCAAGUGUAUUCAAUUGGCAUUUGUUCACAUUUUUAAGUCUACAAGUAAUAAUUGUGUUCUUUGCAUUGUUCUGUUGUUUCCUUUGCACUGAAACGAAUGUGAUUUCCACAUACAGUUUCAUAAGUUAAAUAGCAGAACAGUGAGACACGUAACUUAGUGGUUGUCGAGAACCAAACUAGAGCAGCAUGAAAACAGUGCUGAUUAUGAUGGUUGGAGCAAAAUUGCAGCAUUCUUGCCUUCCUAGCUUAACCAAGCAGCUGAACGGCCUGGGCGCAUCCCAGAGAUUCAACAUUUUAUGCUUUUCAGUCAGAGUCAUUGAUGAUUCCCAUUAAAACCUUCACCUUUCUUUCACAUCCAGGCUCUUUCUGUGAACUGGUCGAACCUUGGGCUUCCUUGGGUGGAUCUCGAAUGGCUGAUAGACAUUUCCCACCAGAUAACUGAGUUGGACCUCUCUGCCAAUUGCUUGACCUCCCUCCCUUCUGUUAUCCCUUGGGGGCUGAUAAACCUCCAGAAACUAAACCUUGCUGAGAACCGGUUAAACAAACUGCCUGACGUACAUUCUUCAGAUGGAAUCAUCUGCACAAAGUACGUACCAUGUCUUGGUUGUGGAACCUAUAUCGCUCCCACUGCUGUGGGACUCCAGCUCUUAUCAUCCCUGACAACUGCCUCGCUAGAUGGGGCUGAUAGGAUCUGGAGUCCAGUAACAUUUCUUGGUCCCACAGAUAAUGAAAGGGACCACAUGAGUGGGUAUGCCUUCUGGUAGCUUGGUAAAUCUUAAGAAACCAAACCAAAAUGCAGCCUUGACCUCAGUGGUAAAAAUCAGUGCAGUCCUAAUUCAUAUCAAACAGACAAACAACGUUCCAAAAUAUAUAGCAGAUUUAUCUUUUGUGUUUAUUUAAAUCCACAGGUUGCUUGAGAUCGACAUUUCCAGCAACAGGUUCCUUAUUCUUCCUUCUGGAUUCCUGCACCUUUCCAGACUCCAAAGGCUUGUGGCUUCCAAAAAUUAUCUCGAAAAGUUAUUAGAUGCAGAGAAUGGUGGGUGCAUUUUAGCUAGGAAUUUCCGGUUGGCCUGUGCGAUCUUCCUAGCCAGUGGGUGGAGACCAGUAAACCUUGCAGGCAUUCUCACUAGACCUUGCGGAUUUGUGAUGAAACUAUCUAGCCAGAACUACCUGUGCAGGGUGACUGCUGAACUCCUGAUCUCUUGCCAAGAGUCCUCUGCCACAUACCCUACUGUGCUGUGUGUUCUCCUGCUUCUCAUAAAAACAUAGGAGUCUUAUCCUCAGUCCUCUUUUAAAACCAUCUAAGUUGGUGCUCACCACUGCCUCCUGCAGGAGAGAGUUUUAACUAUGCCCUGUGUGAAUAAAUCGUUUCCUUUUUCUGACCUGAACCUUCCAAUAUUUGGCUUCCAAGGUCUGCUGUUCAGAGAGAGGGAGAACAACUCCCUAUCUGCUUUCUCCGUGCUACUUUAUAAACUUCUUUCAUGUCACUGCUUAGUUGCCUUUUCUCUAUAAAGAAGUCCCAAACACCUUACUUCAUAGGGGUUUUUGUGAUCUAGCUCCAGAGCACCAGCAAUUCAGCCCCAGAGCUCAGCAUUCUUGUGCUAUAUAGUACAGUGCAAUGGAGAUGUUUCUCCUCAUCUCUCAAUUCCUUGCAGGCUACCAACUUCCUUUUAGUUUAAUUUCUCUCUCCACUCCUUUUGUAUGUCCUGUCUUUUUUUCUUUUAGUUUUGUAAGCACAGCUAGUCUCAUUUAUUUAUUUUUUACUGACACAAGCUGCUUUUAGUAGACAUCCUGAAAAUCAGGAUACAGAUAACUGGAAAUAAAGAAAAUGAAUAAUUUCAUUACCCGCUUAUGACAAUUAAGAACCUCUCAUAAAAUCUUCCUUUCUUCUUCCUCCUCCUCUUCUUCUUUUCUUCCUCCUCCUCCUCUUCCUCUUCCUCUUCUUCAUCUUCAUCUUCAUCCUCCUCCUCUGAUUCUUCUUUUUCUUCUUUUUUUUAGCAGUUAACUGGAUUGGAUUAAGGAAGCUGCAGGAGCUGGACAUCUCUGACAAUAAGUUGUCAGAGCUGCCCACCCUCUUUCUCCACUGUCUGAAAUCCUUGAAUGUCCUGAAUGCAUCCAGGAAUAACCUGAAGGUGUUUCCUCAGCCAUGGGCCUGUCCCUUGGUAAGUCUGAACUGCAGUCGUGGCAGAGGCCUUGUAAGAUGGCACAUGAAUUGCUUGGCAUGGCUGAGGGAUGCCACGUCUCUUGGGCUAUAAUUGGGAUUCUGCCCAGUGAGCUCCCUUGAAGAGUAGAUAAUGCCUUGGGGAUUUCUGUCCACAUACAGACUUUCUUUUCCCUCUCAAUUCUAGAAAUGCUGCAAAGCCGCUAGAAAUGCAAUUGAAUUCCUCCCGGAUACUUUGGCUGUUUUCUGGAAAAAUCAUCUCAGGGAAGUGGAUUUUUCUGAUAAUUCCCUGAAAGAAGUUCCCCAGUGUCUCUUCCAGCUCGAAGUAAGUGUCACUACGCUUUUGGUUGCCUUCUUUAUUUCAGAGAGUAAAUGUAGAUAUAAUCACUUCCCCAAUUACUUUUGUGUCCCUAGAGUGGCAGAGGAACCUAGAUGGAAUUCAGUCGAAAGGGUGCGCUGCGUGAUAGGAUUCUGAACGGACCUUUUGAACCGGCUACAAAAUCUAGCUUUCUAAAGCCACAAUACCAGUGUAGUAGUUAAACCACAGAGCCUAGGACUUGCCGAUCAGAAGGUCGGCGGUUCGAAUCCCCGUGAUGGAGUGAGCUCCCAUUGCUAGGUCCCUGCUCCUGCCAACCUAGCAGUUCGAAAGCACAUCAAAGUGCAAGUAGAUAAAUAGGUACCGCUCUGGUGGGAAGGUAAACGGCGUUUCCGUGCGCUGCUCUGGUUCGCCAGAAGCGGCUUAGUCAUGCUGGCCACAUGACCCGGAAGCUGUACGCCAGCUCCCUCGGCCAAUAAAGCGAAAUGAGCGCCGCAACCCCAGAGUCGGCCACGACUGGACCUAAUGGUCAGGGGUCCCUUUACCUUUUAGUUAUAGAGAACCAGUGCAGAGUUAGUGAUUGGAACAGAGGUAGCUAAACUGUGGCCCUUCAACUUGAGCUGUACUCUAGCUCCCAUGAGCCCUGUCAGGAAUGAUGGGAGUUGUAGUUUGGCAACAGCAAGAAGGCCAUGGGUUAGCCACCACUCUGAAAAUCAGACUAGGAAUGGGAAGAACCAAAAUCGGGGCCUCAGCCCAGACAGUCACUGGGCGACCUUGGACCACUCCUUAUCUUUUGGUCUCACCUGCCUCACAGGAUAAAACCAGGUGAAGGGAGGAGCAUGUACACCUCCUCAAACCUCCCUAGAAAGCGGGCAGGAUAGAAAUGUAAGAAAUGAAUUCCUGCAGGAGGUUUUUUGUGUGUGUGUUCUCAGACCUCCUUCAGACAGCAUUGUUCCAUUCGGCUCCCAGCUGUCCUUUAGGGGAAUUAAUUGCUAAUUGGGAUUGAAUAGUCCACUCUGGAACAAGAAAUGGUGAAGUCAUUCAUGGUGGUUGUGGUGACUGCAGCCCUUGUGUGUUGCUGAUGUGGGGAAAAGCUACCCCCUCUCAGAAUGGUCUAGUGUAUGCCUGUAUUUCCAGCAGGGAUGUCAGAAGGCAGCUGUCUUUGUCACAAUCAGUGCUGUUUCCGUUCCACUGCAGUUUGAUCUCUGCCAAAGAGUACAUUUUCCCCCCAUCUUGCUUUCCACUAUUUAACAUAAAUCAUGAAAGUUAGAGAUUUAACAUAAUUAAGGGAGUCGUUAUUUCCACACCAUUCGUUUCAGUGCAAAGGAAACACAAAUUUAAAGGGGGGGAGGAGUCAGUGAUUGUGGAUUGUUUACAGACUGAAAAACAAACAACAACAGCAAAUACCAAUUGAUAUUCUCUGGCCUGAUUCCCACUUCAGAUGUGGGACAAACAAGCAAACAAUUUUCACUUCUGUUUUCGUUCGAAUUCUCCAGCAACCAUAUUUUCCAGUUAACCUCAUACUUUCCUGCUAGUGGUCCAGGGAAAUCAUGAGUCUGAUAUAACUACAGUGAAUUUUGCACCAUCAAAUGUGCACCCUAAUUUUUGCGACAUAAUUUGGCAAAAAAAGUGUGCAUUACCUUCAAGUAAAUAUGGUAUGUGGGGGCUGAAGUUGGCUGCGUAAACUGGCUUUGGAUUCCUGAGCAUUAGACAGCAUAGGAUCUGAGCAGCUCUCAUAAACACGGCUUUGUUUCCCUGAAGGAAUCAAAUACAUGGCUAGGAAGGCACAUGCCAGUCCAGCCUUUGGAACACUAGGUGGUGCUGCUGUGGCAUCUUUUCCUGGGCUUAUCCUUCCUCUGUGCCACCACUCUUGCUAUGCUGUCAUACAUUAUGCUAUUGGAACAGUGCAGUGCCACAAGAAUUGCAGUAAUUUAGAAACCAGAGUCCCUGGCAAGCUUGCAGUGUCUCACCAGCUGGUGAUCCAGGGAAAUCAUGAGUCUGAUAUGACUACCGUAUACCGUUCAUAUAGGAAGUUGCCUUAAACCAAGUCAGGCCAUCAGGCCAUCUAGGUCAAUGUUGUUGACACUGUCUGGCAGCAGCUCUCAUGGUGUUUCACCCAGGAGUCCUUCCCAGCUGGAAGUGUGAAGGAUUGAACCUAAGACUAUUUCUUUUCAUAGCAUUAAGCUAUACUAUGGCUCUUCCCCAGAGAUAUUCUUUGCUGCUGACCAAAAAUAUAGGGUCAUUCUGUAGAUGAAAAGACCUAUGAAAUCAAUGGUUCAGGGGCAAAUGUUGACAGCUGUGAAAUGCAAUUUGAAUUUCCUGAGAAAUUUGUAGUUCAAGCACAAGUUAACCUAUUGUUGAACUAGAAUAUGAGUUUCCUAACUCCCAUUGCAAACUACCAAUGCUGUUACACUGGUAUAAAGGUAAAGGUAAAGGGAACCCUGACCGUUAAGUCCAGUCGUGGACGACUCUGGGGUUGCGGCGCCCAUCUCACUUUACUGGCCGAGGGAGCCGGCGUUUGUCUGCAGACAGCUUCCAGGUCAUGUGGCCAGCAUGACUAAGCCGCUUCUGGCGAACCAGAGCAGCACACAGAAACGCCGUUUACCUUCCCGCCAGAGUAGUACCUAUUUAUCUACUUGCACUUUGACGUGCUUUCGAACUGCUAGGUUGGUAGGAGCUGGGACCGAGCAACGGGAGCUCACCCCAUCGCGGGGAUUCGAACCACCAACCUUCUGUUCAGCAAGCCCUAGGCUCAAUGGUUUAGACCACGUGCCACUUAGUCCAUAUGCCUAACCAAAAUGAACCAUAAGGGUUCUGCUCUUUGUUGGGGCAGGGAUCAUUCCUCCCUUUCUCUGUUUUUUGCUCAGGUCAUUGAAUAAAACACCAUACCAUAUAAAUAAGUGGUAGCCAACGAGGUGUCCUCCAGAUGUUGUUGAAUUACAACUCCCAUUAUUCCUGAUCAUUGACUAUCCCAUCUGGGGCUGAUAGGAUUUGAUGUCCAACAACAUCCAGAAGGCUAAGCAAAAAUAGCCUUCCAAAAUUCUCCAUUCUUUUUGUGAGAGGCAAAUUCUGGAGCGAAAUAUUUCGAAGGAGAGAAAGAGGUGAAAUUUUCUGAUGGUUUUCCCUCAGAAAGCUCUCUCUGGCAAGAUUUCAGCUCGCUUAACAGAGAUUGGAACUCUACUGUUAUUUCAACUUGGUGGAAGGAGGAAGUGGAUGAGCUAAGUCAUGGUGAAGUCUGUUGCUUCCUUCAACAAUGUUUAAAGAGUAUUAAAAUCGUUGCACCCACACAUCUUGGAUGGCAAGAUCAGGUAGUCCAGUUUGCCAAAUAAUCUCCAGGCGUGGACUGAGAUUCCUGCAAUGGUUCAGGAUAAGCUCAAAAAAAGUUUCUUUUGUUGUUGUUGUUUUGUUGUUGUUGAUAAUUUUCAGCUCUACCUUUGUUGUGUGAAACUACUGGAACUUUUAACCGAUUAUCCAUUACUGACCCCUCAAAACUGUCGCUUCCCCUUUCAGGCAAUGGUGUCCUUGAAACUCUCAGGAAACCGCUUAGUCACAUUACCUUCUCAGGAGAAGUGGACUUGCAGGCAGCUGAAAUCGCUUGAUCUCUCGAGGAACCAGCUUGGAAAGUGAGUUCUUCGUGUUGGUUUUGGAGCAGUCCCACAGAGGAGGGCUCUCUGGUUCAUUGGUCUUUGUUUGCAUUUGCCUACAGAGCUGGCGAAGGGUGCAGAACUAAGCGGAUUUCAUUUUUCACUACAAGGAGCAGAGCACGUUCUGGCACCGAUUCGGGUAUGGAAUGCGGGGACCGAAGGGCUGGGCGGGAGCUUAUGAGGAGGGCGGGGGCUGGUUGCAAUCCAUUGGUCAUGGCAAGGAGGAUCCAGCAUGCAAAUUAUUAUCAUCACUAUUCUUCUCUUCAUUAUUGCCCUUCCUCUGCUCACAGAGAGUUGUGUCCAACUAAGUCGUUGCAUGAGCAGAAUGACUUCUGCUUGCACCAUGGGACUUCCACUCCAUCCUGCCUGGAUAGCUCAGUUGGUUAGAGCAUGGUGUUGAUAAUGCCAAGGUUGCAAGUUCAAUCCCUGUAUGGGACAACUGCAUAUUCCUGCUUUUGCAGGGGAUUAGACUAGAUGAUCCUCAGGGUCCCUUCCAACUCUUAUGAUUCUAUGAUCCCCUACUUCCUCCAAAAGGAAAAAAAAAAUCUGCUCUGCUGAUUUCCCUAGCUCCCCAGAGCAGUUGUGAAGGCACACAGUGGGAGGAGAGGAAAGAAAGUUCAAUUGUGCAAGCAGAAGCCAUUCCUCUUGUGCAUUGACUGAGACCCCAUCCGCAUCACACAUUUAAAGCAGUAUUACACCACUUUAAGCAGUCAUUGUUUCCCCUAAAGAAUCCUGGGAAGUAUCUUAAAGAGGUCAAGGGUUCUUAGGAGACCCCUAUUCCCAUCACAGAACUGCUGUUCCCUCUUCCCAGGGAACUCUGGGAAUGGUAUCUUUGAGAGAGGAAUAGGUAAAGGUAAAGGGACCCCCGACCAUUAGGUCCAGUUGUGACUGACUCUGGGGUUGUGGCACUCAUCUUGCUUUAUUGGCCGAGGAAGCCGGCAUACAGCUUCCGGGUCAUGUGGCCAGCAUGACUAAGCCGCUUCUGGCGAACCAGAGCAGCGCACGGAAAUGCCGUUUACCUUCCCGCCAGAGCAGUACCUAUUUAUCUACUUGCACUUUGAGGUGCUUUCGAACUGCUAGGUUGGCAGGAGCAGGGACCGAGCAACUGGAGCUCACCCUGUCGCCGGGAUUCGAACCGCCGACCUUCUGAUCGGCAUGUCCUAGGCUCUGUGGUUUAACCCACAGCGCCACCCGCAUCCUGAGAGGGGAAUAGGGAUCUCCUUAAAACACUUUUCAAAACACCUUUUUAAAGUUUAAAACGCCUUUCAAAACACAGGAAUAAGGUGGGUCCUUAAAAUAUACAUCUCGAGUAUCAAAAGUCAGGGGAAAGAGGUACAUCUAGAGCAUUCACUGGAAGUUAUAGGCUGAAGGGAAGGAGGCGGUCUUUUUGAUAUUUGGGACCUGAGUCGUUUAGGGCUUUAAAAACACCGAUAUGAGCACCUUGAAUUGGGCCCAAAAACAAACUGACAGUCAAUGCAGCUGUUUUAAUACGGGGUCAUAUGAGAUGUAGAUGGAACUCCAGCCAGUAAUCUGACGGCUGCAUUUCCCCGAGUUGUCUUCAAGGGGCAGCCCCACAUAGAGCGCAUUGGAGUAAUCCCGUCUGGAAAUUACCAGAGCAUGGACUACAGUGGCCAAGUCAUCUCUGUCUGAAAAGGGCCAUAGCUGCUUUGAAUGCAUAGCGUAGAUGGGGCCUUAGUUGGAUUCAACCCAGAGGCAUGUAAAAUCAACUGCCCUGUGAGCAAGGGGAGAGAACGACAGCAAGGCGAUCUGUCAUUGUCUCCACCUCUUUAAAUAGGCCAUUUUAAAGCCCACAUUCACUGCUAAUGAUUUGCUGUUGUUUCUAUUCAUCUGACUUAAGUUGCUCAGGGAGCCUUGUCUGUGGAAGAAGACUGCCAUAAAAAAUGUGUGAUGUUCUUGUAAGCAUUCGGAGGUUGAAACAGGCUCUCCUGUGUUCUCCUACUGUAGAUUUUUAUCAAGGGGUUAGAGAAUGCAUCGUUUAUCCUCUCUUGAGGCAGUUUCCUGGUCUUUCCAUAAAUGUUCUUUUGUGUAUCUUCCUUGAGAAGACUGAUCUAUUACCGAACAGGUGGCAACAUAUCUGAGGCAACAUGUCAUCUAUCUCAGACCAAUUAUGAUAAAUUAGUUCCUACCUUGUCAGUGUCAGUAAUUAAUUAGUGCUACUGACAUUCUGAUUUAGGGUUGUAGCCAGCUACGUUUUACUCAAGAGUAGACCCACUGAAAUUAAUGGGCCCAAGCAAGUGGUGUUCAUUAAUUUCAGUGUGUCCACAGUGAGUGCAUUUUGCAUUGGAUGCAACUCACUAGUGCAAAGGCAAAACGUGUCAGUUUUACUGUUGCACAACAGUUGAAUCCAUCACAUCGGUUUUGCUAGUAGAAACAAACUCGUGGCACAACAGACAGAACAGUCUAUUGUGCAGUGAAGUUACCCAUCACCUGCUUAUGUAUUUACUUGUGCUACAUCGUUCCACCAGUGCAAAACAUUUCACCAGAGGAGCAAGUGUGCUGUUGAGGUUAACUUAGCAUUCCAGUUGAAGCAGCCCCCUAUGUUUUGCGCUUUGUUUUUUGGUCAAUCAACUGUAAUGAAGACAAUGAUUGACAAAAAAAUAAAUAACACAGGAAGGUGCCUUAUGGCAGUUCAAACGAUUUGCUGUACUGUUUCUGGAGCCUGCUAAAAUCCUUUUUUGUCUACCCAGAUCUGUAAAGAUGAUACGUGUUUCAGUAUGUAAUUUUAUUAUGCAAAUAUUUUAAACUGCUGGUUUUUGUCUAUAUUUUGCACAAAAAAGUUAACUUGUUUUUAACUCUCAGCUUUUGUCAACAGUUUCAAUGGAUAGUAUUCAGCUAAGUUUUACUCAGUGUAGACCUACUGAAAUGAAUGGCCCUAAUUUAGCCAUGUGUUCAUUAAUUUCAGUGGGCUGCUCUGGAGUAGAACUUAAUUGAAUACCACCCAGGUAUUCUGUUUUAGUUUACAUAAAACAUAUGUUUUAAUUUGCAUCAACCACCUAGACAUUUUUACAGCUAAGCGGCAUGCAAAUUCUGUUGGCUAAAUAAAAUUCUGUUAAACAAACUGCCCGCGACUUCAUACUUCUGCAUUCAUCUUCCACAUUUGCUUGCUGUUUGCCUUUCCCCCCCUCCCCAGGUUCCAACUUGGAGUUUCCUGAAUUCCUGUGCGAGUCUCUGGAAGUCUUGUGUCUCAAUGACAACCAUCUAGACUCCGUCCCGCAGUCAGUCUGCCUUCUGAAAGGCUUAUCGGAGCUUUACUUGGGAAAGUAAGUUCAGGUAUCGCACACUGUGGGAUAGGUGGCUGGUGUCAUGGAAACUCUUCCUGCUAUCCCUUGAUAAUCCUUGAAUGUUUCAUCUGAUCCUGCCUGUGUGCUCUGCAGAGGCAGUGUGGUGCACUGGCUAGAGCACAGGGGCACAACCUGCACCCCUCAGCUUGUGCCCCCUGGUCUAAUUUCAAAAGCCCUCUGCCAGUGACCAGUUUAGGAGAUAUCUGACCGACUGCUGGAGGAGAGAGAGGAAAAGGGCUGACCUUGCCCACUUUCCUCCCUCUGGCCCUGCACAUCUCUGGCCCUUGACAGAUGUUAUGUACUGAGCUGAAUCCUAGAAUAAUAGGAUCCAGAAUGCAGCAGUCUGAUUGGUCCACAGGAGCCACCCAAUCCAGCUCCAGGUGGAAGUGAAUCAGCGACCUGAUUGGCCUGCAGGAGCAGCCAAUCAGGCUUCUGGAGGAGGUGAAUCCGCAACCUGAUUGGCCUACAGGAGCAGCCCGGAAUUAGCCAAUCACACAGGAGCCAUUGUGUAAAUAAUGUAUUUACUUAGACGUUUUGGGGAAAGUUUCAUUCAUUGCUACUAUGAGCUGAAUAAAGAGCAUGAAAUUCACACUCGACUCAGAGUAUAUUUCAACAGAUUAUCUCUGAGGGGGAUUGCCGCACUCUGCAAAAAGAAAAAAGGUUGCCCGCCCAUUAAUCAGCGUGUCUGACUAGGGCUUAAUUCACACGGAACAUUUAAAGGACUAUGAUACCACUUUGAACAGUCAUGGCUUCCCCUAAAGAAUUCUGGGAGCUGUGGUUUGUUAAAGGUGCUGAGAGCUCAAGUCGGUAGAGCAUGAGACUCUCAAUCUCAGGGUAGUGGGUUCGUGCCUCACGUUGGGGGAAAAAGAUUUCUACAUUGCAGGGUGCUGGACUGGGUGACCUACGUGGUCCCUUCCAACUCUAUUCAUUGGUACCUUGGGUUACAGACGCUUCAGGUUACAGACACUUCAGGUUACAGACUCUGCUAACCCAGAAAUAGUACCUCGGGUUAAGAACUUUGCUUCAGGAUGAGAACAGAAAUCGUGCGGUGGCAGCAGGAGACCCCAUUAGCUAAAGUGGUACCUCAGGUUAAGAACAGUUUCAGGUUGAGAACAGACCUCCAGAACGAAUUAAGUUCUUAACCCGAGGUACCACUGUAAUUUUAUGAUUCUGGGAGUAAUUAAAAGGCCCCUGUUGCCUUGCAGAGCUACAGAUCCCAGAGUUCCAUGUGGAGAGGGGUUGGUUGUUAAACCACUCUGGGAACUGUAGUUUUGUGAGGGGGAACAAGGGCCUCCAAUAACUCUAGGACUGGGGACUCACAGGUUCAACUCAGCCCUCAGCCAUGAAGCUCAUUGAGUGACCUUGGGCCAAUCAGAAUCUGACCAUGGGCCAGGCCUAACCGCCUGAUAGAUUUGUUGUGAGGUAAAAAGAAUAAAACUGAGUGAAGGAGAACUACUUGUGCCACUUUUGACUCAUCAGUGGAAGGUGCGAUGUAAAGCAAACGUAAUUUCGCUUUUAGGUGAAAAUGGGUGGUAAUUCUCGGUUUUGCCCAUUCCUCCAGAAAUUUCCUCACCUGCCUCAAACUUUAUCUAACAGGACAUCCAGAGUUUGACAAGGGGCAGGUUGGCCAACACAUUUACAUUAAUGCUUUCUGUGUGGCCCCAAACCCCAAGAAAUUUCAUUAGUUUGAUCACUUCUUUCCAAUUGAAUUAUUUAAAGGUUUACACCCAAGCUGGAGCCCUUUACGUUUCACCUCAAAUGUUUGCAUUUGUUAAAAUUUGGUGGCCACCAUCAUGUAGAUACCCCUCUCAAGGAAGGCUAUUGAUUGGCGGAUGGGUGUGUUGUUUUUUUGCGCAGUAACGCCAGCAUACAAGAACUUCCUCCAGAACUUGGCCAGCUGGUUAAUCUUUGGCAGCUGGAUAUUGAAGAGCUAAAUAUUGGCAACCUCCCUGCAGAGAUCAGAAAAGAGGGUGAGUCUGCUUCCUCCCUGUGGUUUUAUUAAUAUCAGCUGUUUGAACAGAGAGAGAAUCCAAACCCAGCCUGGGUGAAUUUAUUAUUGAAUGGUGGAGAAAACAGGGUGGAAUCUGUCCAGGCUGCCGUUGUUACAAAGUGGAAUUGUAAACCUUUCCAUGCGAUCCAAAUUCGACUUGAUCAGUUUGUUCUCAGGGCAACCCUUUUCUGUCAUGAGGUAGGUCAUAAAGGUCCCUUUUGUGUUGCACAUAUUUUGUGUCACACGUGCAGCAGCACUUUUAGGGAUGCUGCUGAUGUGGUUAUGGAUGUUUUAUUUUGCACUGUUAUCUUUUGUCUUGACUAUUUCUGUGAAAGUGUUUUUAAAAGUGACAUAUCAGCGAUAUGGUGGUUAGGGGUGGAGGAGACUGGUUUGAACUAAUGUACACAUUUCUUUCAAAGCUGUUUCUCCUGAUGUAAUGCAUUUUUAGAGGUUGCUUUCACUGAAAUCGCUUUUAUUCGCACACGUACCUGAUAUAUGCAUUUUUGUACACAUUGUUUUGCUUGGAGAGCUGCAUUGCAAAAUUCGAAUAAGUGUGGGUUUCAAAGGAUGGCUGUGUUUUGGAUCUCAUAUUGUUUCGGAAAGUGUGCAUUUGAUAGAUUUGCAUUUAAAUGUGAACUGGAUCGAAUUUCUCCCCUACCCCUAUGUGGCAGCAUAAAAGUACUUUUAUAAAUAAGUCCGCAAUUAGAAAUUACAGUUCCUUGGCCUGGAUGAAUUAAGUACGCAUUCAUGUUCAUUUUUAAAGGUCAUGUUAGAGCAUCCACUUGAGAUUUCCCUCCCACCCCCAUCAUUUUAAUCCAGCCUAAUCAGCCCCAAAGGCUAUUUGCUUCCUCGUUAAAAACAUUUCUAUUUGAAUUGGGAAUUGUUGUCCCCACCCAUGCUCUUUAAUUCAAGGUGUGUUAGAACAAUCCUUGCAAAUCCCUCUUAUACUGCUGUGAUCAGUUAAGCAGUUUUUCCAUCCCUUCACUUGCUAGGCCCCAAGACCAUUUUAGCUUACUUGCGAGCCCAGCUACGCAAAGCAGAGAAAUGCAACCUGAUGAAAAUGAUUGUGGUGGGUCCUCCGCGCCAGGGCAAGUCCACACUGAUUGAGAUCCUGCAGACAGGGAAAGCUUCUCAUUCGAUGCCCAGCGACGGCACCAUCCAGACCACAAAGUGGGAGCUUCAGAGACCGGCUGGACUCAAAUCAAAGGUAAAUCAAAGGUAAAAUAAAGCUUAGACUUGGAGUGUCAAGCUCAAGGCAGGGCAGGACAAGGCUUCCUCCUUGUCAAAGGGACAAACCAAAUACAGUGGUGCUUUGGAAGUCAAACAGAAUCCGUUCUGGAAGUCCAUUCGACUUCCAAAACGUUUGGGAACCAAGGCGUAGCUUCCGAUUGGCUGCAGGAAGCUCCUGCAGCCAGUCAGAAGCCACGGAAGCUGCAUCGGAUAUUCAGGUUCCAAAGAAUAUUCGAAAACUGGAACAAUCACUUCCAGUUUUUGAUCGUCCGGGAGCCAACGCGUUUGACUCCCAAGGCGUUUGAAAACCAAGUUACGACUGUAGAAAGAUGGCGGGGGACUGGUAUACGGGACAUAUUCACCCCUCCAAACACAUGUUUGUGGCAUCCCUAGAUACCCCCAAAAUUUGUAAUUUUAAAACAUUUUAAAAUGUUUUGAAUGCUCCUUUGGGUACCCGACUGUGAUGCCAUGAUAUCAGCAGGGGUUUUUUUGCCCCACUGAAAGAAGAAAUUGCAUUUUUUUAUUUUAAAACCUAUGUUUUCCACAAAGGUCAACGAGGCUUCCGGCUUCCUUUUCUUUUGCCUUUCCAGCAACUGGUAUUCAGUGAUAGACUGCCACUGAACGUGGAGGUUCUGCGUGGCCCUCUAGGCCAGGGGUCAGCAACCUUUUUCAGCCGUGGGCCAUCCACUGUCCCUCAGAGCAUAUGGUGCGCCGGACAAUAUUUUGAAAAAUAAUAAUGAACGAAUUCCUAUGCCCCACAAAUAACCCAGAGAUGCAUUUUAAAUAAAAGCACACAUUCUACUCAUGUAAAAACACCAGGCAGGCCCCACAAAUAACCCAGAGAUGCAUUUUAAAUAAAAGGACACAUUCUACUCAUAUAAAAACAAACUGAUUCCCGAACCAUCCAUGGGCCGGAUUGAGAAGGCGGUUGGGCCGCAUCUGGCCCAUGGGCCUUAUUGCCUACCCCUGCUCUAGGCCAAUAGCUGAUUUGAUAGUCCUGUCCUCCUUGACUUGGUCCAACCCCCAUAAAAAGGCAUGGAUGUCUUCACCAGGUGCUUAUUACCUGAUUUGUUUCCCUGUGUCUGCAACCUUUAAAGCUGCCUAAGCUAGUGAUCAUUACCACAUAUUCUGGCACUGAAUUCCAUAAAUUAGGAAUGUGUUGUGUGAAGAAGCACUUGCUUUUGUCCACUCCAAAUCCAUUGCCAAUCAAUUUCAUUGGGUCACACACACAAACACACACAUAUUCUAGCACUAUGAGAGAGGGAAGCCCUAUUCAGGGCAGUUGUUUUCUGAGUCAAGUCAAAAUGUGAGGGGGAGAACAGGGACAAGCAAGCUAGCUGGGCCCUCUGCCACAGUCCCUGUUGCUCUCAAAUUUGUGAUGGGGAUGGCAUUAAAUGGAGUUAAUGCACUCAUCCCAGGCUACCUGAAGGAGGGUCUCCACCCCCAUCGUUCACUGAGGUCCAGCUCCGAGGGCCUUCUGGCGGUUCCCUCACUGCGAGAAGUGGAGCCAAGGGGAACCAAGCAGAGGGCCUUCUCGGUAGUGGUGCCCGCCCUGUGGAAUGCCCUCCUAUCAGAUGUCAAGGAGAUAAACAACUGCCUGACUUUUAGAAGACAACUGAAGGCCACCCUAUUUAGGAAAGUUUCUUAAUAUUUGAUGUUCUAUUGUUUUAUUAUUUUUAAUAUUAAUAUUCUGUCAGGAGCUGCCCAGAGUCGCUGGGGAAAGCCAGCCAGAUGGGCAGGGUAUAAAAUUGUUGUUGUUGUUGUUAUCAUCAUCAUCAUCAUCCCCACUUUUCCCUUUCUUGCAUUGAACUGACCCUGAAGGCAAACACUUUAAGAAGGUUCCAUGGCUCAGGUCAUCCUUCUACUCACAGAGGGCAACAAGGAUGGCAGUAGAGAUGGAGUUGGCACACUUGUUCUGCCCUCUCCCCCUCAACCUGGAAGACAAAUGGGCCUGGAGAGAAAGAGAAGAUCUGUAUCUGCUUUUUUCCUCAUUGUUCCAUGUGUGAGUGUACACACAUGGAAAAAGGACUCAUUUUGCUGGACAUGGAAUUGCCGCUCUGGGGCAUUUUGGAUAGGACCCUUAGUCCUGUCAUCUGGAUCCACUCUGAAUUGGGCUCGGCCUUUUGAGGCCUCUCAGCCCUGCAGCAUGGUGAAGAUGUCAUCGCUGUAAGCUUAGGGCCAGCUCUGACUUGAAGCCAGUCCAGAAUCUAAGCAUCCAGAUGGAAAUUAAUUUGGCUUAUGUAUUUAUUUAUAUUUAGAUUAAGAUGUCAAAAGAAAACACAUUUCAGAGCACAGGUGCCCUCACAGCAGAGUGUGUGAAAUUCCACAAUAAACCAUAAUAAUGCAUAACAUCGUCAAAUCGAAACCACAUUGCAUCUCUCAAAAAUGAACAGGGCCAGUGGUUAAUACAAUGCAGAUUAAAGUGCCGUAUGACUCAAGUAGUAGCUGUUUUCAACAACUGACAAUGAUACAGCCACGUAUAUUUCAAGGGGGGAGAGUUCCACAGACAUGGAACUGCCACCAAUAAAGUCUUGCUCCUGGUUCCCCUCAUUGCAACAUCUCUUGUCAACACCUUGAGCAUCUUUUUACCUUUAUCUGAACAGAUGUUAGGCAGUCCUGCUUCGCUUCACCAACAGAUUUUGUUCUUUUGUAAAAUGUACUGGCUGGUUUGAGGGAAGUGGGGUGUGGGUUGAUGGCAAUAAUGUUCCUCUCCCCUGACAUAUGAAGGAAAGGAGAAGGGCCCUUCCCAGCCAAAAUUAGCCGUGCACUCUUGAGAGACAGAAAAGGGCCAAUUGAUUUAAUGAAGGAACGGGAGCACUGCUUCUUCCCCAGUCUCGGCAGAUGACGCCUGCCUUAGCAGUAAGCAAUUAGCUUACAUUUCCUGUGGAAGUGAUAGCCGCCCUUGACAAGCCCUUCUUUCUUCAGCUGGAGCAUGAAUACCCAUUGAUACCCUACUGUCGAACAUUAUGAAGCUACUUUGCGGGAGGGAGGGGCGGUGCACGAGUUUAUUAUGCAUUGACUAUUAUCUCCAUGUGAUUUACUUUUAACCGCUAUGGAUGUUGUCUCUCUCUUUCAAUGUUUCUCUUUGUCCAAUUAGGUUGAUUCAGUUGAGUUUAACGUCUGGGAUAUUGGAGGCCCUGCCAGUAUGUCGACAGUCAAUCAGUGUUUCUUCACAGAUAAGGCAUUGUAUGUCGUCGUCUGGAACUUGGCACUGGGGGAAGAAGCUGUUGAAAAUCUUCAGUUCUGGUUGCUAAAUAUUGAGGUGAGUAAGGCGUCACUACUGCCUUGCAGGACUUCUCUUUAUGCACUGGUGGGAGAAUCCAGUCUACCGGUGGAGGUAGUGCAGACUAGUGUCAGAAUUUCAUUAAUAAGACUUUGGGGCUAUGUACGCAUUAGCAGUUUGAAACGCUGUGAAGUGACUCGAAACAAAGGGAGGAAACGGUUCUCCCUGUGUUUCAAGUCACAUGUUUUAUGUCACUGUACAUGCCAGAGAGGAGGUGGAAAUGUCUUCCCCUGAUGCACAUUACCUGAUUUGUUUCCCUAUUUGUGCAACUUCUUCAAACUCCAAUUCAGUGAAGCUUGUCAUCUGAGCAUGUGCUGUUAUCUACGCAGUGGCUAUCUGAAAUGUACACACCUCAGCUUAACUGCAGCUUAGGUUUUGAAAUCGGCUGGAAGCUGGUUUGAGGGAAAACCCUUGGAACAUUUAUCAAAAGACUUCAGGGUACAUAUUGAUUGUGUACUCUACUUCAUACACCAGCAGUGGGAGCACACUGAAAGCUGAAGUAAACACUAAUGCGUACACAGCCUUGGCUAAAACCACCAUUCACUUUUACUGUUCCAUCUUGAAAUUCUAAUCACUUUGGACUGAAAACAGACUUUCUCUGGACCUCAUGUACGCCAACUGUUUACUUCAUAAAUAUGUAUCUAAACACUUUCAAGAAAUGCAUCUGAGAGUGGCAGUGUUCCUCUUGUAAACAUUUGCCUGCACAUGGUAGAGCCAGGAGGUCCUAUUCUCUUCCUUCUGAUUUCUUACUGCGUCAAGGAUGAGCAAGUUCUGAUGGAUGUAAUCCAAUCUUAUGGACAAGUCAAUGAGAGUGACUAGGGCCAGGUCCGCAUCAUACAUUUAAAGCACACCCAACACACAUUUAAAGCAUGUGACUUCCCCCAAAGGAUCCUGGGAGCUGUAGUUUGCCACUCACAGAGUUACAGUUCCUAUCAUGCUUUUGGUGGGAAAUAACAUGCUUUAAAUAUCCAUUGGAUGUACUUCGAAUAUAUAGUGUGGAUCUGCCCUAGUCCUCAAAAAAAUGUUACUUUUCUCCUGCAAACAAAUCAGAAUGAAUAUGCAAUAAAGGAGAGAACAUAAAACUUCUGUACAAGCUUUGUGCAAAGGAAUUGGGACAGAUGCUCAAUAAACAGGCCACCUUGCAUUUGAACCCGGUGAAGCUUGCUUGGGCCAAAUAAAAAUUAAACAUUCUUUCUAGGCCAAGGCUCCAAAUUCAGUUGUGCUGGUAGUGGGGACACACCUUGACUUGAUCGAAACUAAAUUCCGCGUUGAACGGAUCGCCACCCUGAGAGCGUAUGUCCUGGCUCUGUGUCGAUCUCCUUCUGGCCCGAGAGCCACUGGCUUCCCGGACAUCACAAUGAAACACUUACAGUAAGUACGAUGUCACAUUCUCCCACCCACCCCAAAUUGUAAAUGCCACAAACUCUCUGCAGUGCUUAGUAUAUAAAACCAAUAAAUUGCGAUAAGGUUGCAUCUUGCAUUGACUCGCCAGCCACCUCUUUCCAGCUAUAUUGAUGCUAGCUCUGAUGACUCAGCAUUUGGAGACUGAAUCAGAAUACUAGCAUGGUUACAGCCAUGCCUCUGGUACUUAGGCAGUAGAUGAAUCGGGUCCAACAGCAAUCCAUACCAGCUAGGAUACUUGCAGCCCAAGUACAGCAUCCUCAGUACAGAUUCUUUGGGUUCUUGAUGCUAAUAUAUUGCUACAGACUCACCAGUGCCUUGGCCAAACCCCUUUUUUCUUUUCUGCAAUUCAGUUAUAUUGUAUUAUGGGUUCAGUGUCUUGUGCUUGUGUGGCCUGAGUAGACUGAUUUCUCUCUCGGAAAGCCUUUCCCACUUAAACGUGCAACUUCGCCGGCCCACUCAUCAUCAUAGAGCAAGACUUGUGUCUUCUGUCUCUAGGAAAAUUCCGCUCCAAACUAUUGUCCUCCAAACUUGACUGAGGCUUCUUUCAGAACCUUCUUCUAAAGCCCAGUCAAGUCCCAGCAGCCCUGAUUCUUUAUCCUCUGCUGCCAUCUCCUCGUGUACUUCCUAAGACCAUAAGACGAGCUCUGCUGGAUCAGGCCAAAGGCCCAUCUAGUCCAACAUCCUUUUCUCAAAAUGGCCAACCAGAUGUUUAUGCAAAGCCUGCAAGCAUGACCUGAAUUCAGCAGCCCUCCUCCCACUGCAUAUCUCUUCAAGGGGAGUGGUGGAAUGGAAUGGCAGGCAGAUGGUAAAAAUGGCAGUGUGGAGAAACAGCCAUUUGGUUGAGUAAGGAUACCUUACCUUCGUGUUUUCUCUUUGCAGUGAGCUCUCCUGCAGGACUCUGGAAGGCCUGGAUGGGCUGCGCCAGCUGAUCUACAGCAUCACUUGCCAUAUGAAGGACGUUGGGAGUUCUAUUUGCUCACAGAGACUCGUCGGGAGAUUGGUGUGUACCUUUCCCUGCAGUGGAAGACCACGUCAGCUUUGGAUGGUUAAAGGUUUCCCGUAUGAGCCCUAUUCAGAAUGAAUGCUACUGGCUGUGAUGGCUGUGCUCUUCUUCCGUACCUAGAGGCAGUAAUGCUUCUGAAUACCAGUUGCUGGAAAGUACAGGAGGGGAGAGUGGUCAAGUCUUGCUUGUGGGUUUUUGACAGGCAUCUGGUUGGCCACUGUGAGAACAGGAUGCUGGACUAGAUAGGUCAUUGGCCCGAUGCAGCAAGACUCUUCUUCUGUUCUUUCAUACUGGGGAUGUGGGUGGCGCUGUGGUCUAAACCACUGAGCCUCUUGGGCUUGCUGAUCGUAAGGUUGGCAGUUUGAAUCUAUGUGACGGGGUGAGCUCCUGUUUUUUUGUCCCAGCUCCUGCCAACUUAGCAGUUUGGAAGCAUACCAGCACGAGUAGAUAAAGAGGUACCACUCUGGUGGGAAGGUAAAUGGUGUUUCCAUGCGCUCUGGCACUCGUCACAAUGUCCUGUUGUGCCAGAAGCUGUUUAGUAAUGCUGGCCACAUGACCUGGAAAGCUUUCAGCAGACAAACGCCAGCUCCCUCGGCCUGAAAGUGAAGAUGAAUGCUGCACCCCUUAGUCGAAUUCUACUGGACUUAACAGUCCAGGGGUCCUUUAACUUUAGCUUUAAUACAGUUCAGAAGCAAUAUGUUGAUCAAUGUUCAAGUGGGGGCUGCACUCUCACCCCUGAUGUCACAAACAGCAGGUUAUACCUGUGAAGGUUUCCUCGUAGCAGAAGUUUUCACUGAAUGCACAGACUUUCGGAUUGGAGGUGGGAGCAAGGAAGACACCUGGGUUGGUAGCUUGGUGCAGGCUGCUCAGUGUAGACCUGCUCAUGCAUCAAUUUACUUCUGCACAGAACUGUGGUGUAACCUCAUUCUCAUGUAAAUGGGGGCAGGAAUGUUUCUGAUUGAAUUAUAGCAGUAGAAGGAAACUUCUCUUUCCCUUCUCCAUGUUAGAGAAUUCCAACAAAAGGAGCAGCAGAAAUUGCCAAUGUUCACUUAUUUGUCCCACAUCCGGAACUUAAGUCAGUGCAGCAAAUAUGAUCAUCCUGUAAUGAUUAGGACAGAAUAAUUUAGUGACAUUAUAACUAAUGUAAGUAAUAUAAUUUUGUCACAAUGGACAGUGACAUGAAUAACGUUUUCUUGGCAGAAGGCAUACUGCAGUGGAAAGGAAACACUGAUGAUGAUGAAGAAAGUGGGGCAGAAUGAAAAACAAUGCCUUCUUUAUUCACCAUUUCCCCCUCUCAGUUGCAUAUUCUGCUUCAGAAACAUUUGUUGGGAAUUUGUUUCUGAAUCCUCAAAUGAAUAAAUGAAAUGCUAUAUACAAAUGAAAAGAGACACGGUAUUCAGAGCAUAAUUGAUUUUCAAUGUAAUUUAACAGAUCCCAAGGAGUUACUUGAGCCUCCAAGGAUCCAUCAUAGCUGAACAACUGAACAGAAGUCAAAACGACAACGUACAGUAUCUAACAGACAAGGAAAUAGAGCAAAUCGUAGAGAACACUCGAGGCAAUGACAUCAAAGACUAUGAGGACUUGCAAUCUGGUAUUCCUGCAUGUAGUAACUUAUUGGAAACCAGCAUGUUCGGUAUUUGUGAAUGUGUGUCUUUUCUUGUGUGCGUACACUUUGCUUGAGGAUGCAUCACCCUGAAUUUACAAAAGGACUGCCUGAAACAUUAUUUCACAGCUUGACGACUAAGAUAAUCCACAGGAGUGUUAUUAGCCAUUCAAAGAGUUGGUGGAGAAACCAUGGUGGCUUCAGUUACUUACCCAACGGAGCUUUCUCAUGUGGUCAGCUGGCUAACUAAUCAUGGGAAACCCUGCAUUGAUGUCACUCAUAGGAGCAUAGGAAGCUGCCUUAUACUGAAACAGACCAUUGGUCCACCUUGCUCGGUAUCAUCUACACCAGCGUUCUUCAACGCUGGGUCCCCAGAUGCUGCUGGACUACAACCCCCAUCAUCCCCAGCCACCUUAGCCCAAUGGUCAGGAGUGAUGGGAGUUGUAGGCCAACAGAACUAGGGACUCAACUUUGAAGAACAGCAACGUUGGGUUUCCCAAACAUGGGUCUCCAGCUGUUUUUUUGACUACAAUUUCCAUCAUCCCUGACUACUGGUCCUGCUAGCUAGAGCUGAUGGAAGUUGUAGUCCAAAAACAUCUGGAGACCCAUGUUUGGGAAACCCUGGUCUACACAAUCUGGCCCUGCAGGAUUUCAGACAGGAGUCUUUUCCAGUUCUACUUAAGAGAUGUCAGGGAUUGACUUCUUGUGUGUAAAGUGAAUGGUGUAAUGCUGAGCUGCAGCCCUUCCUACAGCCCCCCAAUGUCUCUUAAAUUUUCCAGAAUCAGACUUUCAGAGCUUGCGGAUAAGUUGAAUACAGCCCAGUGGAGAGGUUGAUAAACCUCCUUCCUGUGUCCAUAACUUACCUGGUGCCUUCCUUUCUCCACAGCAAUCAAUUUCCUGAUCGAAACAGGGACACUUCUUCACUUCCCAGACACGAGCCACGGAUUGAGAAACCUUUAUUUCCUUGACCCCGUUUGGCUGUCGGAGUGCCUGCAAAGGAUCUUCAACAUCAAAAGCUCAAAGUCGGUUGCGAAGAACGGUGUGAUCAGAGCGGAGGACCUCCGGAUGCUGCUGGUCGGGACGGGGUUCACCACACAGACGGAGGAACAGUAUUUCCAGUUCCUUGCCAAAUUUGAAAUUGCACUGCCGGUAGCCAACAACAGGUACACUGGUAAUUGUCGCCGGGGCGUGGCUAAUUCAGGCAGUUGGAGACAAACUGAGACAGAGACAAGCCACAUCCUCACCAUACAUUUAAAGCACCAUGAUACCAUUUUAACAGUCAUGACUCCACCCCCCCCAAGAAUUCUGGGAACUGUAGUUCAUCAAGGGUUCUGAGAGUUGCUAGGAGCCCCCUAUUGCCCUCAUAGAUGCUCCUUUUAUGUCAAAUCAGCGCUUCAGUUCUCAGAGUUCCCUGUGGUAUUGAUGGUUAAACCGCUGUGGGAAUUGUAGCUCUGUGAGGGUCUCCUAGCAACUCUCCACAUUCUUGACAAGCUACAGUUCCCAAGAUUCUUAGCGGGGAGCCAUGGCUGGUAAAGUGUUAUCACGGCGCCUUAUAGUGCGGAUGUGGCCAGAGAGAGGUGGCCUCAGGUGUUCAUUGCAGGUGUUAGCGCAACAAACUCCAAAGUGUGCAUGUCAGGUGCUGGCUUUUGGAUGGCCUUCAACUAAGCUUUACUUAAUGCAGACCUAUUGAAAUUAAUGGCCCUUGCGUAGUCAUGUUCAUUGAUAUCUCUGGGUCUCCUCUGAGUAAAACUUAAUUGAAUACCACCCUUUUGUGUCCAAACCCUUUGGAUUCAGUUCGAUGGCAGAGGUUGGAUGGCCAUCUGUCAUGGAUGCUUUAAGCUGCGAUUCCUGCAUUUCAGGGGGUUGGACUAGAUGACCCACAGGGUCCCAUCCAACUCUUUCUAUGAUUCGGUGAUGAAGUGCUGCAGCAUAUAGGGCGGUGAUGUUCCCUGGAUCCCUCACAGCUCUGGUCUGGGGAAAACCCUGGUCAGGCCGCCAUCAGACCCCACCAGCUCUGCUCUGCCCCGUCCUUGAAUGCAUAACUGUGACAGAGACACUGGUGUCUGUCAUCACGUGUGGAUGCUGUAGUUGACAUUCCUGCAUUGCAGGGGGUUGACCCUCAGGGUACCUUCCAGUUCCAUGAUUCUAUGGUUGUUGUUGUUUAGUCGUUUAGUCGUAUCCGACUCUUCGUGACCCCAUGGACCAGAGCACGCCAGGCACUCCUGUCUUCCACUGCCUCCCACAGUUUGGUCAAACUCAUGCUGGUAGCUUUGAGAACACUGUCCAACCAUCUCAUCCUCUGUCGUCCCCUUCUCCUUGUGCCCUCCAUCUUUCCCAACAUCAGGGUCUUUUCCAGGGAGUCUUCUCUUCUCAUGAGGUGGCCAAAGUAUUGGAGCCUCAGCUUCAGGAUCUGUCCUUCCAGUGAGCACCCAGGGCUGAUUUCCUUCAGAAUCAAUAGGUUUGAUCUUCUUGUAGUCCAGGGGACUCUCAAGAGUCUCCUCCAGCACCAUAAUUUCAUUUACACACAUAUACAACCUGAGCAUAGAAUGGAGUGACUCACAGCAUUAACACUAACCAUAGAUCUGGUUUCCCCAUUAGGUUUCCAGCACAGAGCAAGACGAGUCUAGGUCUUCCAGCAUCAGCCAAAACUCACAGCUGUCACAUACACAGCCCUUCUUGGUCUGUUCUUCAUCCUAGGAUGAAGUGGCAUUCAGCCAAGUAAGGUGGGCAAAAGCUUGCCCAUUUGUCACUAUGGCAACAGAGCAGACCUCUUUCAUAUGGUAAAUAGCAGUAAGUUGGCCAGUCAAAGCCAUUAUCUUCCCAAGAAACUUGUCUGGCCCUUUUAGGGGGCUCUUCUACUAGAUUCGAAACAUGCAUUGGAAGGGAACCAAGGGAUCAUCCAGACUGAUCCCCCCCAAAAACCCCUCCAAACUCAUAACAAUAUAUUAGUAGACAGCAUGAGGAAAGUUGGUUAGAUUUGCUAAGGUUCUCACCUUCACUGAUGGAUCGUGUCCUUAUCACAGACACGCACACACAUGCCUCAGAUUUGUCUGUUCCGGAUAGUUUCUAAAAAUAAUUACAAGGAACUUGCUCUCGUGAAAAACACAUCAGCCAUUGUUUCUGCUAAGGAAAUUGGGCCUUAGACCUUUGGGUCUGACCAAAAGGAAUUUGGGAAGAUCUGUGCCAGACAUGUCCUGGAGAAAGGAGUUCUUAAAUGCUGACAUAACGAGCCUCUGUGAAUUAAAAAACAAAAGCUUUGCUUGACACCCAUGAAGCUGGCAGCUUAUCUGCUUCAGAAGCAUUUAGAUUUCUUUGUAGGCUUGCUUCUCUCUCUCUCUUUUCUGCAAAGGCAAUUCUUGUAGGGAAACAGGUUAUUCCUUUGUCCCUUGCCCCCUCAGCACUCUCUUCAAGCCCCCCCCCCUUAUUUUGCUGCAUCUUCAGGCAAAUCUUGUUGCCAUUUAUUGAUGCCGUUUCUAUGGUUAGUUACCUCUGACAGGCUGCUAGCAAUUACCGUCUAGAUUGCCUGACGGAAUUGCAACCCUGUCAUUGGCCAAGGAGGGGAGGGCGAAAGCUGCUGUCGGCUAAGAAAUGUACUCUGGAAUGUUCCGGGCCAUUUACAAGCAGCUGAUGCUCAAGCACAGAGUUAAAUCUGCCCCUGCACUUUGAUGCUGUUAUGGCAAAAUGUGCUGUUUAUUUAUCUAUAAAUAAAUUUGAGGUCCCUCCUCCCUCCAUUAAACAACUCACCAAGGCCGUCCAACCAUUCCUCAUGCUGCAGUUGGGGUGUCCUCCUAUUGGUGGCCAUGCAAACACAAGUGUGUGACGACACCUUACAUUUUUAUGCCCAUCAGAAGAAAUGGUAUCCUUAGAUUCCCAAGUUUGAGAGGUGUUCUGAGGACAGUAGCCUAAUCUAUUCCACCCAAGUCCCAUGGGGGGAAUUCAUCAGGAAGUAUAAAACUGCACAGGUCAAGGUGCCUAUGGCAACAGGUUCCUGAGGUAGCUGUUGGUUCAUUAGAAGUUUCCCAUCAGCCCAUUUUUACCUCAGCACACUGCUGGGCUUAAGGGAAAUCUUUCAGACCUGAUCAUGGGUUUUUUUAAAAUAAGGGAGUUCAUUUUUUGGUUAGCGACCCAAACAUCCAAUAUUAUUGUUGUUAUUGUUUAGUUGUUUAGUCCUGUCCGACUCUUCGUGACCCCAUGGACCAGAGCACGCCAGGCACUCCUGUCUUCCACUGCCUCCCGCAGUUUGGUCAAACUCAUGCUGGUAGCUUCGAGAACACUAUCCAACCAUCUCGUCCCUGUCGUCCCCUUCUCCUUGUGCCCUCCAUCUUUCCCAACAUCAGGGUCUUUUCCAGGGAGUCUUCUCUUCUCAUGAGGUGGCCAAAGUAUUGGAGCCUCAGCUUCACGAUCUGUCCUUCCAGUGAGCACUCAGGGCUGAUUUCCUUAAAAAUGGAGAGGUUUGAUCUUCUUGCAGUCCACGGGACUCUCAAAAUCCAUUCCAACAGACGAGCCUCGAAGCUACAUCUGUUCCUUGCUUGUCUCUUUCCAUGGCAUAAUUUUAAAUGCAGCAGCCCCCAGAGUCACAGUAUCGUAUCGCCCUGUGCUGCUCCGGAAGUUUAAAAUGUAUAUGGUUUUGGCUGUGCUGUUGACAGCAAAACUAACAUGUUCUAUCAGGCAGGCCAAAGGCAUUUGUCACUCUGAGAGCCACAACUCAGAAUCUGAACGUUGUGUUUGGUUUCAGUUACCUCCUUCCCCACCUGCUUCCUGCCAAGCCAGCCCUCGAUAUCCAUGGCUUCCGCCAUCAGACAACCAACACCAUCCAGAGGGUGUUCAAGAUGAGUUUUGUUCCCGUUGGCUUUUGGCAGAGGUUCAUAGCCCGGAUGCUCAUAAGUCUGGCAGAGAUGGACCUCCAGGUAGGUAGAUGCAAACAGCAGCAAAAAAAACCUUCUUAGAAAAUAAUCCUGGUAUACGAUGAAACCGUACAUGACAAGAUUUGUUGCUAAAAUGCCCACCUGCCAUUUCCUGUUUGUGCUAUGUUGCUUCUGUCACUCUCUAGUGUGACCAAGAAACAGAACGCAGGGUUAGACCACACAAAGGGCUAUGGGCUCAGUUCUCAGUGACUUUAUGAAGUUUCUUUAUAUAUAUAUAUAUAUAUAUAUAUAUAUAUAUAUAUAUAUAUGGAUUUCUAUACUACUGUAUCAUAAAAUAUCAAGGUGGUGUACACUGUAAAACGUAAAGAACAAUUUAAAGUUGGUUUGUUUUUUUAAAAAAAUUAUAAUAAUUAUGGGUUGAAGAGCUGCAAAAGCAUUGCCAGAGAGAAAACUCCGGAAAAUGUGUUGUCAAGGCCAUGGGACAGAUUUAUUGAACUUUGGUAUGCAGCAUAUGGCUUGUACAUUUGGCCAGAGAGUAGAAAUUACGUGUUGCAAUCACACAGGGAGAUUUUGGUAAAGAGAAAUAAGCAAGUUAGUUAUUAGAGCAAGAAUGUAACUAGUAUAGAAAAGUUUCUGGUUCUGAGCUAACUAACUAUAUCUAGAGAAAACAAAGGAAGUUGUCCUUGCGCCUUUAUUAUCCAAGGAUAAACCCAAGAUUACCUCUCAUCCCAAGGUGUUGAUAAAGGAGGAGGAGGAAGUUGUAUACAGGAUAUCCUCCUUUGACCUAUCAGUCUGCAUAGGUAGGCUAGGAAUCUGGAAGUCCCUUACUCUCUGUUUUAACUCCUUGCAAGACGUGUUCUGCAAGCUGAGUUGCACCCAAAUUUCCAACAUUUAUGCCCACCUCAGCUGUGUCCCCUAUAUAAGGGAACGGUUGCUGUGAGAACAGGAUGCUGGACUAGAUGGGCCAUUGGUCUGAUCCAGCAGGCUCAUAUGUUCCCUCUUACUCCUCUGGGGAAAGGGGGGAAAGGAAGGCAGGGCAGCGAGACACUACCUAAUGGGGGUCCCAUUGUUUCCUGAAGGGUCCUUGCGAUAUACAAGCCGUAUGCAUGUCUGAUACCCUCCCUUCACCUUGCACAAUGACAGGCAUUUUGGGAGCAGUCUGACACAAGUUCUAGAACGUGCGCUAACAAGUUGGAGUAGACUUCUUUUGUUUUGUUUAUCCUCACGCAAAGAUUAUUCCAACAUGAUUGUCACCACCAGUUUGUUUUGCUUAAAACUCUCAGUGGCGACGCAUUUGGCACUAGUUUAAUUCUCGGCAUGCUGAUUACAUUAGUAUUAACUUCAUUGGCAAUCUGUGUAAUUACCCACCCAAUCUUGUUAUCUUGUUGUUAUCCUGUCAUCGCAUCAAAUUGUUCAGCUGAUUUGUAUCAGUGCUGAUGACAGGAACGAUGCCAGGGGGCUGCAGGAGCUUAUCAGGCUCCUUAUGAAUAUGCAGUUUAAAACAAACACAAAAAAACUGACGCUAAAAAUAGCUUAGCAUCGUUCCUGACUAUGGUGGCUGUGCAGAGUGCAGUCCAUCUCUGUUACAUUAAAUGGAAAAUUGGUCAUUCAUUCCAAGGGCCACAUUCACCUCAGGGCAACCUUCGGGGGGGGGCACAUGCCAGUGGUGGGCGGGGCCAGAGAAAAGUAGGUGGGGCAACAAAGGUAAAUCUUACUUUUGUACAGUAUUCUAGUUUCUGUAUGCACCUCUCCAUUCGCCAUCCUGGAAAACAACCUCUUAGAUGAUAUUUAAAUAUUUUGCAAUGUGUAGGAGGACAUUUGCACUCUGUAUAGAACACUAGCGGGGAGUGCCCAGGGCUGCCCAGGAUUUAUUAGAAACAAAAAAAUACUGUGUUUUUUAAAUGGAUAUUGUUGUUAACGGGUUUGGACCAAUCACACACAAAAAAAUGGAUGGAGUCUUGCCAAAGUCAUGUUUUAGUCCACCGGCUUGAUUCAAAAUGGUGCCUGACAUCCUCAGGGACCUUCAUGCUGAGCUCAACAACAAUUUAUCUAGAAGCGUCUGAACACAUAGAGAACAAAUGGCCAUAACAGACAAAUAUGCAAAAUAUAUAGUAGUUAAGGAGCUGCCUUGUGGUACACCAGACCCAUGGCUGCUUGGCUCAUCUCUGCCUUACACUGAAUAGCCAAUGGCACUCCAGAGUUUUGGGCAGCAGUCUCUUUCGGCCAUCCCUGAAGAGACAGCUGGGGCAUUCUGCACCGAGCUAGGGCCAUUUUAUUGAUUCCAAUUAGCAAAUGUGUGACUGGCAGCAAGAGCAUAUGUGUGUGGAUUGAGAAGACUUUGCACCUGAUUCUCUGAAUUCUUUCUCAUAUUCCAGUUCGUUGAAAACAAGAAGACGGGCAAAAGCAGGAAUAAAAGAGCCGCUGUCUACAGCUUCACAGGCACACAGCGCAACAGAUGCAGCACUUUCAGGGUGAAAAGAAACCACACCAUUUACUGGCAAGAGGGGCUGUUUGUCACCUUUGAUGGAGGCUACCUGAGGUAAUGGUUGAGGCACGGCAGGUACAACCAGGGACAUUUCUCACAAGACCCAAAGCAAUCUCAAUGUUAAAAUGUUGGAUUUAUUUCCAAUAUACUGUUUACAAAAAAAGGGUGAGCCAUGGGGCCUAUAUAGGAUUGCCUCCAGUGUUCUAUUGGGUUGCUGGGCCAUCACAAGUCCAAAUUUUAUUGAUGUGAAUCACCUUGGGAGAUAAUACCUGGAGAUGCCAGGGGUUGAAUCUGGGCCUGUCUGCAGACGCAGCAUGUGGUCUUCCAGUGGGUAAAACCCCAGGCAGCUGUAACUCAACAGGAAUUGCUAUAACAAUCCUGGUCUCCCGUCCCUUUCUCAAAAGCGCAUCUUUCGGGUUUCUCUUCCUUGCAGUGUUGAGUCUUCCAACGUAAACUGGAAGAAGAAGAAAAGCGGCGGCAUUAAAAUCAUCUGUCAGUCAGACAUGAGAGAUUUCUCAGCAAUGGCUUUCAUCACCGAUCAUGUCAAUUCUCUAAUAGACCAAUGGUUUCCAGGUAAGAAUUAUUUCUGAAAAAGUUGGCUUACAGCAAUGAUGGCUUGGCCAUGACCCAAAGAACUGCACUUCAGGCAUCCUUGACGAUCUGGGCACCCAGGGUGGUGUUUUCAACUUCUUCUCCAUUGAGUGGAUCAGUUUUAUACCACAUCUUUGAACAGCCUUCAGUUCCCUAUGCUGCAUGGGAGGGCUUGGAUCCGCAGAGUGGAAGAAAACACAAAUGUUCAUGAAAUGCAUAUCGAAAGCCACCUUGGGAAUCAGAAGCUGGUUGUGCAAUUUUCUAUUAUUGUUUUGUAUUUUGUUGUUUAGUCAUUUAGUCGUGUCCGACUCUUCAUGACCCCAUGGACCAGAGCAUGCCAGGCACUCCUGUCUUCCACUGCCUCCCGCAGUUUGGUCAAACUCAUUCUGGUAGCUUCGAGAACACUAUCCAACCAUCUCGUCCUCUGUCGUCCCCUUCUCCUUGUGCCCUCCAUCUUUCCCAACAUCAGGGUCUUUUCCAGGGAGCCUUCUCUUCUCAUGAGGUGACCAAAGUAUUGGAGCCUCAGCUUCACAAUCUGUCCUUCCAGUGAGCACUCAGGGCUGAUUUCCUUAAGAACGGAUACGUUUGUUCUUCUUGCAGUCCAUGGGACUCUCAAGAGUCUCCUCCAGCGCCAUAAUUCAAAAGCAUCAAUUCUUUGGCGAUCAGCCUUCUUUAUGGUCCAGCUCUCACUUCCAUACAUCACUACUGGGAAAACCAUAGCUUUAACUAUACGGACCUUUGUUGGCAAGGUGGUGAUUGUUUUGUAUAAGUACUAUCAAAAGCAAUAUUUUUAAAUAAAAUCUGCUGCCUAAUUAAUCAGAGUCCAUUUGAAAGGUCUUCUAAGGAAUUAAUCUCACUAAGCAGUCAAUUAAUCUCACUGUGCAAUCGAUCAGAUGUUGCUGACCAACAAAUAAUGAUUCCAGGCUAGUGAUUUUCUGACAUUAGUACAUCCUCAGGGAUAUAAAAAUAUUGUCUGUUGAAACACUACUUUUUUAAAAAAUAUAUAAUAAAGUUAAUUGUUUAUUAUUCUGUACUAUUAAAUUAUGUUAAUAAAAAUCAUUUUAAAAAUUAUUAAGAACAAUCAAUGCUUGCCCCUUCCACCCAGGUUGUCAUUCUGGGCAAUGGACAGGCAGCCAUUGAGGGAAUUCCCCUUGGCCGCCUGGGCAGUUGGCUUGAGUUCCUACCAGCUGCUGAAGUUCAAAUUGGCCAAUGAGUGGCCUCCUCUGGGGUGUGUGCCUUGAUGGCUGAGAGGGCAUUAGCUGCAUGCAUGCCCUGGCAGCCAGCAGAACAGCAGCAGCAGCAGCAGCAACUUAAAUAUAAUAGGUAGACUUAAGCUAGUCUUGUCAUUGCUUUCAAUAAUCCUAUUCUGAGUAGAACUAAUAUUGGAGACCACCCACUAUUUUUGCUUGUGUACACAUUCAUGACAUUUAAUUGGCUGGCUAAAAGCCACAUGAUUAAUUGAUCUGUGGUUUCUUUAAUUGGGUGGCCAUCAUGAUAGCUUAUGAAUGUUGCUAAUGCAGGGUAGAGUGUAAAACAAUUUUUCAAAUCAAAUGCAAAUUCUGGUCAGUGUGUAGGUUUUGCAUUUGAAUUGUAGGCAAGAGAAGGAUGAAAACCAAUACAAGCAUCCCCUAUGAAAUCGGACUAAGCACCGAGUCUGUUAUUUCACAAUUAUGUAGUUUUGGCAAAAACAAACUGAAAAAGAGGAAACUGCUAUGCUAAUUUGCUCUGUUUUACAAGCAAAAAGCCCUGACUUAAAUGUCAAACUGUGUAACACAAAGCCCUCCCUUUAUGAGGUUGAGCUCUGUGCAUACCAGAGAACUCAUUUCAUAAAAAGACUUUGUCCUGUCCUGUGAAUUUUUCCAUUGUGAUUCCCUUUAAAAAAGACAUUCCUUUCUGGAAGCUUGAAAUACCCAUGCCGCAGUCUCAUCAAUGGGGUCCAGUUAGCUUUGAGUGAAAGGUGUUUGAUUUGUGUUUUUACUUUCGUAAUUACAGGCAUUUCCCGUUUUGCACACUUUGAACGAACACAUGAGCAUGCAUGUGCGGGUUGUUUUCAGACCCAGAAGAGGGCAUAAUGGGGUGUGGCGGGCUUAUGUGCGCUCCACCGACAUGUGCAAUGACCACAAAACGUGCACAAAACAGGGGUUGCAUAUACAUAAAUGUUUUCAUGUUGUAAGCCGCCUUGAGCAUGGUUUCAUCUAUGGAGGAGCAGCGAUGAUGAUGAUGAUGAUGAUGAUGCUUAAUUCCUCCUCAGCACUCACAGCCACAGAGAGCGACGGGACUCUGUUAAUGGAGCAAUAUGUUCCUUGCCCAGUCUGUUCCACCCCUAAAAGUCAAGAAGGAAAAGGCAGCCAGGAAACGGAAGACAUGCAAUACUUCAACAUGGAGGAUUGUGUCCUAACUGCCAUUGAGCUGGACAGCAUCACCUGUGCUCACCACCCGGCCAUACCUGUCCCUUUACAGGAGCUGGUCCCUGAGCUUUUCAUGACAGAUUUCCCUGCCAGGUAAUACUAAUGUCCCUUUUCUUUUUCCCUCCCCAGAGCUACAAUAUCCAGUUCUCGUUCCCAUACCAUUUUCUGCUGUAAUCAUUUCUCAGAUUUACUCGUUUGUGCACAUGUACCGCAAGCAGAGAUGGAGGAGAAAUUCAGUUUUUGAAUUUAAAAGCGGACCUACCCAAUUUGCAUGUUCCAAAACACAUGACACAAACCGAAACAAAGCUGUCCUUGGAAAUUUUGCACUUCUUCGAAUUUGGUAGUGCAGUUCUCCAGCCAAGUCACCUGUGUGCAAAGAAAAUUUCUUAUACUAGAGUAAAGUGUGCAUAGAAGUGCUUAAAUGGGUGAAAACAAUAUACAAAAUUGCAUUAUUUCAGGGGAAAUCGCUUUGCAAAAAUGUAUACAUGGCAUACACAAAUGUGAAUUUCCAUGAGGACUUGAGGCCACUGGUCAUACAGCUUGGCUCAUGAGUGAGAGAGCAAAUAAGAAAUGUUUUGUUUGAUACAGCUCUAGGCAGCAAAUAGCUGGGGUGAAAACCCCAUCAUGACUGGGGACAGCAUUUGCUGUCUUUUCCCAGAGAAUUUAAAGAUGAUGUGGGUGAUCUUAAAGCCUGACGUUGCUUUCUUGCACACAACUCCAUGUGUGUAUCUCUUCAUUCUCAAUCAUAAGGUUUCUCUCUAUCUCUUUUCCCUUCUCUCACAUGGGUGGCCGGCAGAUUGUUUCUAGAAAACAGAAAGCUAGAAUACACUGAAAAUGAAAACAAUGUUCUUGGCCAAGGAGGAAGCGGAACGGUUAUAUAUCAGGCACGGUAUGAAGGGAAGCCAGUGGCCGUGAAGCGAUUUCAGAUUAAAAAAUGCAAGAGUUCUGCUGGUUCGGCUACAGGUGAAUAUGCCCUUAUUUAUUUAUUUAUCACAUUUUAUUUUUACAUUUGUAUCCCACCUUUCAUCCAAGGAGCUCAAGGUUGCUGUUAUGCAUGGUUCUCUUCCUUCCCAUUUUAUAUCCUCACAACAACCCGAUGAGGUAGGUAGGGCUGAGGGUGAGCUACUGGCUCAAGGUUACUCAGUGUGUUCCAAGGUUGAGUGGGGAUUAGAAUCCUGGUCUCCCAGGUUUUAGUACAACCCUCUAACCUUCACACCACACUCGUUCCUUGUGGGUUCUUCUCCCCCGCCACCAAAAGCUAUCCAUGCUUACCAGCAAACAAGUUUCCAUACUUGUACCGGGAGCACCUGUUUAAAUACAGCUUUUACAAUGUACAAGAAAGAAUGUGCAUCUUGGUGUGGGGAGUGUGUGUGUGUGUGUGUAAGGGGUGGAGAGGUUUGGUGCAUUCUAAUAAAUAUUUGUGCAACAUGCACGUGUGAAUAAAAACAGCAAGCCUGAUCUAGUGUUCUACAGGGCAGAGGUCUGAGCAAUGCAUGGAAUUGAGUUGUGGAGAAAUGAGCACAGGGGUUUAUUUCAAAGAUGGAAAUGGUUGUCAUUGACCCUUUUGCCUGCAGGCUUCCCAGAAGAAUCUUGACUGCUACUCAGUCAGAAGCAGGAUGCUGGAUUAAAUGGACUCUUUUUAAAAAAUUAUUAAUUUGGUUUUUCAAAUUGCAGUUUUACAAUCACAUAUCCAAUAUACAACAUAAGAAACAAGAUUCCAAGGAAUUUCCUGGACUUCCCUCCUCCCCUUUGUGGGUCCUAUUGUUAGUCAUUUCCUCCUGCAUCUUUUAUACUAAUCCAAAUCUCCAUUAUAUCCAAAAUUCACCAUUAAACUACAAGUGUUAAUCCAACCCUACUAACAAUUUUAACUGUUUACAAUGGUUUCUAAGAUAAAUUAUAAAUUUCCCCCAUUCUUUUUUAAAAUUUAGGUCGUCCUGAUUUCUUAUUCUUCCAGUCAUUUUUGCCAUUUCGGCAUAAUCCAUCAAUUCAAUCUGCCAUUCUUUUCUGGUCGGGACUUUAUCUUCUUUCCAUCUCUGGGCCAAUAACAUCCACACAGCCGUGGUCGCAUACAUAGUCUUCUCUGCUCCAAAGGACUCUUGAUCCAGCCCAGCAGGGCUACUCUUCUGUGGUUGUGCCAAUGCCCAAAAUAAUGUAACAGCAGCGCGUUGUCUCCUCUGCUUAGACUCCAUGUUGAGACACCUGCAAGCCAUGGAUGCCAUGAAAAACUUCUCCGAAUUCCGCCAGGAAGCCAGCAUGCUCCACUCACUGCAGCACCCAUGUGUCGUCUCCUUGAUUGGGAUUAGCAUUCACCCACUCUGCUUCGCCUUAGAGCUGGCUCCUUUGGGCAGCCUCACCACAGUGUUGUCAGAAAGCUCUAAAGGUAAUAACUUGGAUAGUCCUUUUGUGGUUUAAGGUUGGGUCCAUAUGGUCCUUUUGGAGGGGGCUAUGGCAUGUCUUUUGCAGGAGCAGAGGGCCGCAGUUCUAGCGAUUCCCCCUCAGUGAUAUUUUCUCCCCUCUCUUUCUAUAGGGGCAUCCUUUGUGCCACUAGGGCACAUGUUGACCCUAAAAGUAGCCUAUCAGAUAGCAGCAGGCCUGGCCUACCUCCACAAGAAGAGCAUCAUUUUCUGUGACCUGAAGUCAGACAACAUUCUAGUGUGGUCUCUAGACGUGAAGGAAAGCAUCAAUAUCAAACUAUCCGACUACGGGAUAUCUCGACAGUCCUUUCACGAAGGCGCUCUGGGAGUGGAGGGCACACCAGGGUACCAGGCCCCUGAGAUACGACCUCGGAUCGUCUAUGAUGAAAAGGUAAGUCUCAGGUGUCUGCUUCUGUGGAAGAAAUUCACACCCAGAACUAAAGGGCCUAUCUUAGGCAUAGGAGCCAACUCCUAGGGGCUAAGGCCCCUUCAGUGACCCCAUAAAAUGUUUCAGGGGGCUGGGGACCCCCAAGUUGAUGGGCAUAGCUAUUCAAAUGGUGUGUAUCUUGUGAUCGAUUGUGUGGGGCAGGGCUUACCUGGGUCCCCCCCAAUGUUUUAUUCAACUUGGCACCUCUGAUCUUAGUUAGGUAUAGAAACCAGAGCCAAGAUGUUUCAACAAUGAUGAGUUGUAUCCAAUGUAGCGCUAUGUUGAAGUCACUGAUACACUUGUUCCAAAGUAAGCUAAAUGUUUUUGCACCAACAGAGUGGCUGGUAACUUUAUCGCACAACAGAUUGUAAAAUCUCUUGUGCAAUGAGUUUCUGAUUUUAAUUGUUUUUUGACUGUUAUAAAUAUUUAUUUUUGGCCAAUACAUUUAUUCUCCCCCCCCCCUUUUUUUUUUGGCAAACCACUUUGAGGUUUUAGGACAAUCAAGUCGUAUACAAAAUUUGCAAAAAUAAAACAAUCAAGGAUGCAACUGUGCAUAGUAUUCAUUCCAAAGCUUAUCCAAAAUCCAAAGAUCUCUGUAAUGGGCAUGUAUUUUUCUCCUAGGUGGACAUGUUUUCCUAUGGAAUGGUGCUCUAUGAGGUGUUGUCUGGGCAGCGACCUGCGCUUGGUCAGCACCAGCUUCAAAUUGCUAAGAAGCUAUCCAAGGGGAUCCGGCCUGUCCUGGGCCAGCCCGAAGAAGUACAGUUCCAUCAAAUGCAGGCGUUGAUGAUGGAAUGUUGGGACACUAAGCCAGAAAAGGUACAAGAAGGUUGUAUUGGCACAACAGGGUCUUUUUUGACCAUUUUCUGAGUUACAAACAGGGCUCUUCAUACAUUUUCAUCAGCCCAAAAGUUUACCUAGGCCUAUUAGGUAAUCCUAUUUCAAAUUAAGUUGACUCACAACAAAAAAAUCCGAAAUCCACAUUAACUUUUAUUAAGCUACCCAAAAUGUAAAAAAAUAAAUAGCGUGCAAGCUUUUGAGUUUCACAGAAUUCUUCAUCGGGUGAUUUAAAAGUGCUGGAAUGAGAAGAGCCGUCUAUGCUCAGUUGGGUAGAACGUGGUGCUGAUAACACCAAGGUUCGAUCCCCGUAUGGGACAGCUAUAUGUUCCUGCAUUGCAGGGCGGUUGACUAGAUGGUCCUCAGGGUCCCUUCCUACUCUUCAGUUGGAUGAUUCUGUGUCUGCUCUUUGUUUAAGAUGGAGCAUGGGAGGCAGUAGCAGCAGUGGCGUAGCGUGGGUUGUCAGCACCCGGGGCAAGGCAAGUAAUUUGCGCCCCCUAACCUGUGGAUUUUAGUAGGGGCAGAGAGCUGCGAGUGCGAGGACGCCCCCCCCCCAGAUGUUGUGCCUGGUGCGGCUGGCCCCCCCUGCACCCCCCACGCUACGCCACUGAGUAGCAGACAGUCAGAUGUCAGGUGCUCUGCUGGUUUCAGGUUGCAACCAGACCUCCUGGGAAGGAGGAGAGAGUACAUAAUGAGGGGCCCCAUCCUCCAGUUUCUGCAGAUACAAUAACCAGCUGCUAACCCAGUUCCACCUCUGUCCUUAGGGCAAGUUCCUUUGGUAGGCAGAGAACAGGAAUGAAGAAGAAGUAGGCAGCUGUUCCCAGGAGGCUGCUCUGCAAACUGAAACCUGCAGAGCACCUGAAAGGGCCUCAGUUGAAUGUCUGCUGCUGCCUUUCUCCCCCACCCCCCAAAAAACAGCUUUAAGGCUGUUACUAGAUGCAGACACAGAUGCCUUGGCCAACAGAUGUCUCUCACCCCCUUUGUGUUGCUUUUACGAUGAUGAAUUCUGGGUAAUUUUAUAGCCCUGCACAGGAUCCUGUGACAUUUUGGUUGAGCUAAUGAAAGUAUUGCGCUAACGUGGAUUUUGGACUUUUUGAUUUGUUAAUGUUAAUAAUAUUUGGCCCUGCUUUUCCUCCAGGGAGCUCAGAAGACGCGUAUCAUGAUUCUUGUAAUUUUAUCCACACAAAAGCCCUGUGAGGUAGGCUGGGUUCAGAGAGAGUGGGGCCCCGCUUCAGAUCACCUAGUAGGGGUGCAGAACAAAUUGGAUUUGGUUUGCACUUUAAUUAGAAACUGCUAAUUCGCACUUCUGCUGGGCCCUCGCUUCUUGAACCGGCAUUUGAUCCCUUCCGCAAUGUCGCAUUGCCAGACAGCAUGUAAAAGCAAGCCUAGCUAAUCCAUGCUUCCCGAAAAUAUGCAAACCAGAUUGUUAGAAUUCACACUUCGGAUUUUGUGAUGCAGUUCUCCAAACAAUGUUCUUAUAAAAUGCAUAUAUUAAGGGAAAGUGUGGAUGAAAAUACAUAGGUUGGUGAAAACGGCAUGCAAAAAUGCAUUGACUGGGGGGAAUUGUUUGCAAAGAUCUGCCCAUUCACAUCAUAUAUGCCAAACAACUGCAAAACAAUUUCAUUUGGGCAACCCUAUCCAGAUAUGUAGAAUGUCAAAGUGUAUUUUAAUCUGUUUUUAGUUUAUUGCUGAUUUUAAUAUAUAUAUUUUUGAACAGUUUUUACGAUAAAUGGUUUUUUCUAUUUGCAAACCACUUUGCGGUGUGUAAAUUUUAUGAAAUAAAUAAAUACAUUUUGAGCACUAUGGUACCUUUAAAUAAUGCUUAGGGGGGUCCCCGUUUCCCUCACAGACUCAUGUGUGCAGCCCCAUGUGUCUCUGUUUGUUCCAGUGGAGCAAAGAGCUCUUCAUGGUGUGUGCCUCAAAGGAGACACAGAGCUCUGAAGGGGACAGGAGGUACUUUCAUAUAUACCAUCAUCUUUCAUAGACACAUUACUCUGUCCUCUCUUUCACACAGCGCCCAUUGGCCACCUCUGUGAUAGGACGAAUGAAAGAACCUACUUUCGCUACGUUCAUGUACCUGCUGCCAUGUGGGAAGCAGUUGUCCUUCUUCUCUUCCCAAGGGGAAGAGUGCACAGUCGUAUUCUGGGAUGGGAAAGAAGACGCAAGGUUUGUAUAUUGUUGUUUUUAUUUUUAGAUCCUUCUUGUCAUCUUUAGUUCAGCAUAAACAAAGCCGUCACUCAGCAUCCCUUGAGCUGCAUACAGAAGAUGCUCACUUGUAUUCAUAGGGAAGGUUGGGUAUUCUCACUUCGCAGAUGGAAAACAGACCCUUGUAAUGAGCACAUUACAUUGGAUAAUGUAGUAAUGGAGAUCUUGUGGGAUCCACCACAAUGAGAAGGUUUCAGUGGUCCAGUUUAGAGUUCAUUUGUAGACCAAAGUAAGGUUUGGGGGCCAUCAGAAAAAGGACUAUUUACUUGGGCCACCAUUUUAAAUCCCUGAGCCCAGGGCAUUUGAUGAACUAGGAUUAGAAGAGUGUUUUGAAUUUGAGAUGUGAAUCUUCCACUCCACUAAGUGACACCAUCUGAUCCUUCCUGCGAAGGAGGAAUCUCCCUUCCAGCCAUAGAUAGGUAUAUGAGAGCCUUGGGCCCAUCUUACUAAUUUAUCUAUAUGUUAUAAAUAAAUGCUGUUGUAAAAUGGAAGUUAUGUCUUGGGUUUGACCAGAUUUUUGAUGCCCGGGCUUCUCCUUUUUGUUAUAGGUAGGGUUGUUGCUGUUGUUUCGUAACGCUGGUUUUGGGGGUGUUUUUCCAAAAGGCAGGACAAUAACGGGAAAAAGCACAUCUGGUUCAAAUUUUUAAUGUGUAACGUUUUGUGCUCAGGCUGGUUAAGACAUCCAGCAUUCAGUGAUCAAUUUAUGGAUGCUUUGUGGCUUUUCCUUUCCAAAUGCAAACAGUAUCUUAUUGUGAGUAGCAGCAAAAUUAAAAUUAACUCUCUGUUCCUCCUUGGAAAUGCACCCCUGUGCCAUUGUUUUAAAAACAUUCUGAUUGCCAUGAUGACUUUCCCUUAAGCAAACAAAUGCAAUACUAAAUGUGUGGACCCUUUGCAUUUGUGAACCUUUGGUAACCUGCUCACUUAUUUGUAAAUUCUUGGUCCGCAUUGCAAUGUACAUAUAUUCCUUACAUAGUUUAAUGAACUUUUCUUGUUUAAAAUUGUUGAUGCAUUUUGCGGAAAACUGUAGAAAUCUUUAAAUAGAUAAAAUAAGGGACCCAGAAUACAGAGGGAAGGAACAGGGGGGGAAACCAGCACUAGGCAAGUUGCUGUUGUUUAAAGAAUGUAUCAGAUCCUCUGGCCUCUUCAAACCAAACCAACCUCAUCAUCUUUCAUUGUGGUAACUAGGCCUGGAGGAUCCAGCUGUUUGGUAGCUCUAAACACUCAUACAUACACAUCAUGGUGACACAUAAAAACAUGGUGAACAUAUUCAGCAUGCACAAAAUUAUAAAAGGGUAUUUAGAACUUUGAAAGGUAAUGAAAUAUGCUCAAAAGUUUGAGGCCAAUGAAAGAAAAAUAGGUAUCAAAUCUAGAUUAUUUUGUCUGUGAAGUUCAUAAAAUACUAUCAGUGAAGAAAAAGAAAACUUCUUCUUGCCUCCAUCUCUCUCACACACACAUAUGCACGUCAGUGAAGAAGGGAAAAGAUGGGGGAAGGGGAGAGUUAUAUCCAACCAAAUCAUACUCUUGAGUAGGUCUACUCCGAGUAUACUUUGGUAGGCUAAGGCCCAGUUUCCAUCACAGAUAGCAGAAACAUUGAGCCUCUGAAUGGAGUGUUUAUUGGUGCAAAUGUUCUUGUUUCCUUCUCUAAUGUGAACAGUAAGUUAGCAGGUUCCUAUUUAUUCUACUCUGGGAGGAAAAUAUCUGGAUUGCAAUAUGGAUGAGAAUUUUAGGAACAGAUUCUCAAAAGUAGAAAAUUCUAAUCUUCCCCAAGGAAGAAAAUUAUGCUCAUUGAUCGUCCCUUUUCCUCCAAGGAUCUGAAUCAUAUCAAAUCAAAUCAAAAGGUGAGAAUCAUAUUCAUGAUUCUCACCUUUUCCAUUUUAUCCUCACCAAAACUCUGAGAUAGAUUAGCCCUGGGAGACAGUGACUGGCUCAAUCUCACCCAAGUGAAUUUCAUGGAGGGAAGGUUGAUGAUUUGAUUGAAUCUGGGUUGUUGUCCCUCCCUGGUCCUAGUCUUCCAGUCUUGCUUCAAUACCACGCUGGCUAUGUUUUUCUUCUCCAGAAAGAACUUUUCUUCCUUUCCCAUCCUUCCAACUUCCAGCUGGGAAGGUAGAUAGCUAUACAGUGGUACCUCGGGCUAAGUACUUAAUUUGUUCCGGAGGUCCGUUCUUAACCUGAAACUGGUCUUAACCUGAAGCACCACUUUAGCUAAUGGGGCCUCCUGCUGCUGCCACGCUGCCGGAGCACGAUUUCUGUUCUCAUCCUGAAGCAAAGUUCUUAACCUGAGAUACUAUUUCUGGGUUCGUGGAGUCUGUAACCUGAAGCGUAUGUAACCCGAGGCACCACUGUAUCUUGACAACACCCACUGUAGGGAGCCCCCAAACACCGGGGCUGCUUCCAGGUGAGCAUUCUACCUGCUUUGUUGGCACAAAGCUUGUGAAGAGGUUGUACAACCUCGGCUGUUUGUCAAACAAUUGCUGUGACUGGUUUGCAGAGAAGGUACACAAGCAAUUUUUACCUACCUCACCCCAGUGUAUUUUCCUAUCACUUUCCUUACCACAAAAGGUCUGGUCUUUUUUUUUUUUUUUUUUUUUUUUAAAAGUGAGCUAGUUACACACGAGCGCCAAAUCCACUUUAAUCGCAUAAGCUGAAUUUGGUGGUAGGUGUCUGAAUCCUGCCCUCAUAAUAGCAACAGUGUGGAAGUUACCCUGGGAGAUAGAAUUUGAGAACCAUCCAAACACACAGCCAUGAUUUUUCUCCACUACAGUGGUACCUCGGGUUAAGUACUUAAUUCGUUCUGGAGGUCCGUUCUUAACCUGAAACUGUUCUUAACCUGAAGCACCACUUAAGCUAAUGGGGCCUCCUGCUGUCGCCGCGCCGCCGGAGCACAAUUUCUGUUCUCAUUCUGAAGCAAAGUUCUUAACCUGAAGCACUAUUUCUGGGUUAGUAGAGUCUGUAACCUGAAGCAUCUGUAACCUGAAGCAUCUGUAACCUGAAGCAUAUGUAACCUGAAGCGUAUGUAACCCGAGGUACCACUGUACUCAUGGCUGUUCCUGGCUUUACUUCUGGCGCUGUUGUUAGAAUGAGUUCUGUUUUCCUUCUUCCAGGAACUACACGGUAGUUAACGUAGAGAAAGGACUGGUCGAAGUUGCAAGGAUGAGCUGCCCAGGAAUGAAGCUGUGCUGCCAAAUGAAAGUUCAGAGUUAUCUAUGGACAGCCACCGAGGUAUUUGUUAUUCAGCGAGGUAUUUCGUAUGUCACCUGUUUUUGAGCCAGAGUUUCUCUUCUGCUCACUUGCCGGCACUCCAUUGCUUCAGACACCAAACGCAUUAAGCGGGUGCCUGCUGUGGUCUGUUAAUUGGUAGGGUUGAAGGGCACAGCAGGGCAUGGAUGCUUCAGAUGGGCAGCCUGACAUCUCAGGUGGCUCUUCUCCCCCAGACGGCAUUAUUAAAAAGGACCUAAAUCCCAACAAACUAAACACAUGAUUUUAAAAAAAUGAUUAACAGGAAUAGAUUUGGUAUACAAAAUACUUUUGCAUGAGUUAAAAACAGACAAUAUGUGCCCACCUAUUUCAGAAGCAAGUUGAAUUUUUAAAAAGCUUGUACAACACGUUUUCUUCUGUUUCUAUAUUGUCAUAUUCUAUAUAUGCCUAAUUGUUGAGAAAAGGUUUCCUUUAUUUUGUUUGCAUACAGGAUCAAAAGAUUUACGUGUACAGCUUACAAGGCAUGUGUCCUUUAAAGGUUCCACAAAAGGGUGUGGACACUCCAGCAGUUGUCACUUGUUUUCUUGCAGUACCUGUCAUAAAAAAGGUAAAACAGAGUGGUUUUCAAAGGUGAAGCAUUAAAAAACCCCACAUUUUUAAAGGACUCUUUCUUCUUCUUUUUUUUAAAAAAGAAUUAUUCAGAUUAGUAAAGCAAGCUGGAGGAGUUGUUAACAGCAGAAAUACAACUAUAGCUCCUGCUGCUGGCAGUUUUAGGAAUAACAAUUCCCUGUAUUUCAGUGCACAUUCAGUGCUGUUAACUCUAAUACAUUUUGAAUCAAGUCAGGAAAACUGCUGGAUAUGAUGCUAGGCAUUCUGGAAUUAAUGAAAAUACUUGCUGGUUAUAGAGCUCUGAGUGGCUGUAAUUCAGAAGGGAACUGAGGAGCCGCACAAAGAUUCCUUCCACUGUGUUUCUAGACAAGAUGGCCUACCCUGGCUACAAAUUUUUCAUAACUUCCUCAGAACUUUUAACAACCUUAAUCUAGCUUUCCAUUACAUGACAAGAGACUCUUGGACUCCCAUGCCUGCAAAAAUAUGAGCAUCUUCCUGCAGUGCCCCGACUUAUUUUGCAUGUUUCCACCAAUUAGCAAUUAAAUUAGCUGGAAUCUGCUUACAUUGGUAACCAGUCAAAACUCUUAAAAGGUCUCUGGUGUUGCGAGAUACAUAUUAUUGGAUCUUGGCUGAUGAAAAAUGUAGUUCUGUAGACAGUUCUCUAUCCCAUGGGUGGGGAGCCUUCAGCCUGCAGGCUGAUAUUGGCCUGGCAGAGGGUCCACUUGCCUGUGAGGCCAUUUUCCCCAGACCUCACCAUUUGUCAAGCAGCUGUCCUCACUUAUGCCAUCAGCUGAUGGGUGGGAAGGUGGAGUUCAGUUCUGCCUUAUCUGCACACACCUGUUCCCAGAAGAAGAUAGGCACUUGCAGCCAAAGCAGCAGGAAUUCACUCCCCUGCUCAUCAGCUGACAUGGAGGAAGUUAAAUCCUGCUCAAUUUGGCUUUGCAAACCUGUUCCUUGCUGGGAACAGGCACGCACAGCCGAAUCAAACAGCCUUGUUUCUUUGCAGGCAAAGCACAUCUUUCUUGCCUCCCCAUCGCCUGAUCUCUCCCUGCUGCCAGUGUUGGCCUGCAGGAUGGAGCCUAAUAAUUGAACAAUGUAAACAGAUGAGCAAAUGGCAUUUUAGAAAGGUAAAUGCUGGGCAGGAGGAGGGGGAACUGUCCACCCCCCCCCCCGACAGUUACCUUUCUAAAAUGCACUUUGCUCAUCUGUUUACAUUGUUACACUGAUUAAGGAAAUAUAAUUGUUUCGCUGUAGGGUGGAUAGAUCAGCUAAAGCAAUCAGAACCCUGCAGAGUUUUUGCUGCGUCGCUAACAAAAGUGAAUGGAUUAACGGAUACAUUUUACAAAUAGGAAACCUGGAAUUUUUACCUGCCCCUGGAAACGUUAAUGCGUCUGGCAAGAGCUUCAUGAAUUCCCCUGCUUAAAUACUAUGGCGUUGUUUCUAUAUUUCUUAUAACACUGUAUCAAGGUUGGGAAUCUAGAAUUCUAAUUUACUGGGCCCCUACCAAAAAAAAAAGUACUUUAAAAAAAGCAAACAACUCUCCUGUCUUUUUAGAAUGCCUACCUUGUCCUGGCUGGUUUAUCAGACGGACUGAUAGCUGUUUUCCAAGCACCACACGGUAUCCCUGAGGAUGGCUGCUGUUACCUCUGCUCCCACACGGCCAACCGCUCCACCUUCAAGAUCAGCGACGAUGACCCCCGCCAGAACCCUUACCCUGUGAAAGCGAUGGAGACGGCAAACAAUGGAGCCGAAGUUUGGUACAGCAACGGCCCUGGGAUCCUCAUCAUAGACUGUGCAAGUAUGGAGAUCGCCAGGAGACUGGAGCCCUACGAACCGCCGUCCACGGUUGUGUCCAUUGUGUGUAGCUCAGAGUGCAACGGAGAGGAAGUGGCCUGGUGCCUGGACGACGCAACCAACCUCCUAGUUAUGUAUUACACGGCCACUUACCAGCUGUGCGCAAGGUACUUCUGCGGGGACUGCAGCCCCUUGAGGGACAUGUUCACCAUUCAGCAGCCCUCGGCCUUGAUCCCUGCUGAGCUGGCUACAGACAGGAGCCCGGAGCCCGGGAGCAAUGCUUCGGCUGAUGUGGGGAUCCUCUGCAGCCAAGAGCUGGGCAUCCAGAUAUUAAACCACCAGGACUCCUUGACGGACUAUUGCUCUGUGUCCUCUAUCUCCUCCUCGUCGGUCAACCGCUUGAUGAGGUCUGCCUCAAGCAUGCCGAGCUCCCCUGCAAGUUAUUCCAGCACUCCUUUCUCGACAGACUGUGAGGAGCCUGGCAAGACGCAGGAGCCUAAGACUCCCUGCGAGGGGCCUGACAGUGAUUUGGAACCAGCAAGCACCCACACUGGCUGCCUCCAGGCUGUAAGGAUUCUACCUGUGAAAGACCUCCUCUGGAUUCCCAGGUAAAUUGCACUGGAAGCCUCUCUCUCUUGCAAAGAUUUGAAUGCCUUCACGGUUCAAGGUUCAGGAUCCCACGCUGAGAUCCUGACUUGUCUUCCCAGUUCUUUCUGUUUCUCAUUUUUCCAGUCAUAAACUCAGUUCUCCACAUUUUGCAGUCGUUUGCAUUUUUUUAAAAAAGUAUUUUUUUUGGAAAGUUCACCUGGCGCCUUCAUUAUACACCAGGCAUAGGCAAACUCAGCCCUCCAGAUGUUUUGGGACUACAACUCCCAUCAUCCCUAGCUAACAGGACAAGUGGUCAGGGAUGAUGGGAAUUGUAGUCUCAAAACAUCUGGAGGGCCGAGUUUGCCUAUGCCUGUUAUACACCUUUAGGCACCAGGCAAAAUGUUCCUUUUUUACCAGGCCUUUGGUUGAUCCAAUUUACGUCCUAUGCCCUUUAAAAAUAUUUGGGGGGGGUAUUGGGUUGCUGUUUUUAUUCUUAUUAGGUAUUUUGUGGUUUUAUAUCUUGGAUUUUAUUCUGUGAACCACCCUGAGAUACCCGAGUAUAGGGCGGUAUAUAAAUUCAAUAAAUAAUAAUAAUAAAUCACAUGAAAAUUCAACAAGUUAGGAUGAAUUUAUCCUAAAUAACACAGUUUAUAUGCAGUUUUGAAGAAUGUACACAUUUUUGCAAGCAGUUUUCCAUAAUAUACUUCAUCUCCAUCUCUGUCUCUGUGAGUGUGUGUGUGGUUUCCACCAGUUUAUCUGGUGAAACCUGCACCCUCCAAAGGGCUCAAGGUGGCAUAUGUGGUUUCUUCCCCACAACAACCUUGUGAGAGUAGGCUAGGCUGAGAGACAAUGGCUGUCCCAAGGCUACCCAGUGAACUUCGUGGCCAAGUGGGAAUUUGAACCCGGUUCUUCCAGGUCGUAGUGUUGCACUCUAACCACUACACCACAUUGGCCUUUUAUGCACAAUUCCCCCCAGUAUGUGCAUUUUUGUAAACAAUUAUUUGGCUGGGAAGCCACAUAGCAAAAACUGAGUAAGUGAAAAGGAUAGCUGUGUUUCAGUUCCCAUAUUGUUUCGGGGAAAUGACAUCUAAUAGAUUCAGGUGAAACCCAAGUUGAAUUUCUCCCUGCUUUCUAAUAGCCUCCCAGGCUUUUGAACUACAUCCUCCUUGCGCUUCCUACCAGCUUGGCUUGAACAGCUCUUCAAGGCCACAGCUCAUCCUGAGAGAUUAGAGGCUGUAUAUGAACACCCUGGGUAUGUUUUCGCUCCUCAGCAAAGCCUGACAGGCUUCUAUGAUCCUCUAAGAAUCCUGCCAUUUUCAGGAGUUCAGGUUUUCUCCGUGGCCUUUUGGAUGACUGCUGCUUUGGCCGCUCCAAGGCAUCCACACAGGAACUUUUCAAACGUCUGCAUUUUUCCUGCCGUUGAAUCGCCCCCCCCCCCGCCGAGCUGCGUGUAACGGAAAUCCUCCUGCUUUCCCUUUCCAGGCGAGGCGGAGAUAUCAUUGUGAUCGGCUUGGAGAAGGAAGCCAUCUCUCAGCGGGGGAGAGUCAUAGCGGUUCUGAAGGCGGCAGAGAUGGCCCCUUAUGGGUAAGGAUGAAUGGGAAAGGGGGAGGUGGCAGGGGACAAUUUUGGAAAGACCUGCCACUCUACACAUGGCAGGCACAGAGAGCCCAGUUCAACUGCCGACAUUUCCACUUGUUAACAGUAUCUCUGGAUCAAGGAGCAGUUCAGAAGAGGCAUGUUCACAGGCAGGCACCUUCUCAUUUGCUCACGAGCAGAAUCAGACCAAACACAGCUUUGCUCUCAGCCUGCUGCUAGAUCCUGCAAACUUCUUUCCCCGGCAUGAAGGUGAAGGAAGUUCAUUUCAGGCAGGCGAAGGGAAAGGUGGUAAUGUGCUGUUCACAACAAGACAAAAACCUAAGCAAGCCUGGAACAACUUGGGAGAAGGGAUGUGUGUAUACCAAGGCAAGAUAUAAAUCUGUUAAAUAAAUAGGCUAGCAUUGCUUAAAAGCCUUACGUUUCUAUAUUUCUGCAAGGGUGGAAUGGUGAAGAUUGAAAGGCUUCUCUGUUCGAGAAGAGCAUAAUUCUUCAAUAAUUAAAUUGAGAAGGCUUGCAUUAUCUUCCUUCAUUUUGCAUAAUUUAUUCUGCCCUUUUUUUUUUUAACACCCUCAUAUAAGUUAUUCCAAAUUAGCUAGUUACGAAGAGAGGGGCAAUGAGGAGCUACGCAAAACACAGAAGCACCAUCCCUCCUACCUGGAAAUCUUGAUUAGCUGCCUUAAAAUUGGAGCAGGAUUUGCCCACACCCUAAAACAGAUGUGGGGGACUUUUGUCCCUCCAGAUGUUGCUGGACUUCAACUCCCAUCAGCCCCAGCAAGUGUGGCUGAUGGCCAGGAAUGACUGGACUUAGUUCAGCAACAUCUGGAGGUUCCUCAAACCUGCCCCAGAAGAGCUAAAAAUUUGCUUUAAAAAAAAAAAAAAAUCUCCUUGCAAUAUACACUGUGCAAAAGGAAAUUUCUGUUUUCUAAUUUUUUUUCUUUUAAAAAGAAACGUCUUUUUUUCUGGGUUCCCCAGGACACUGGUGGAUGCUGCUGUGCUGGCAAAGGACAUGGUUGUGUGCUGCUUCAAGAAUGAGGCCACAGAGUGGUGUUUGGCCGCCUGGAAGAGCUGGGGUGCCAAAGACUUUGACAUUUUCUAUCGGUCCUAUGAAGAGCUGGGAAGGCUGGAGGCUUGCAUGCGAAAGAGGAGGUAGCAGUUGUGGCGCAGAGGCAGAGACUGGAUGCCCGGCAAGCGACGCAAAAACUGACACACAGUUUCAGUUCCCAGCAAUCUCUGUAUGAGGAUCUCCAAGGACACUAGAUGUUUGCUGUUCAAUUUUGCUGCUAAAGGACAUUCUAGGUGGCUACUAGCCGUGAUGGUGAUGGUGUGCCUCCACAGUCAGAGGCAGUACGUCUCUGAAUACCAGUCGCUGGAAACCUCAGGAGGGGAGAGUGCUGGGGGCUUCUCAUAAGCAUCUGGUUGGCCACUGUGGAAACAGGAUGCUGCACUAAAUGGGCCAUUGGCCUGAUCCAGCAGGGUUCUUUUUAUGCACUUAGGUGGUUCCCCACCCCACAUUGCACGUUGUCUAUAAUGCAUUUGGAUUUUCAGCUAGCUAAGCAAUAGUCAAUGGGAAGACCACUCCCACCCUUAAUCUAUUCACGCACGCACGUGGAUAUGGGCGGCAGCACUUCUUCAAGGUCAAAAUAGUGCUGUUGGUUUUGCAAUGCAUCGCUGACCCCAUAGUUAGCAAGCUUUGUCUUCCGAAACACAGAGGGUGACCCCAAAGUCACACAUCAGCUUUCCGAUUCCAUAGCAAUAAUAAGGCACAGAAUCGCUGCCAAGAGAACACUGCUGUAGAUGGAGGUAGCUUCUUCAUAAAAUUAUCCAGAGGUUUUGGUCUGAGCAGCAGUAUGGAGAGAGAGAGAGAUGAAUACAGAAUCCCACUUUUGAUACCAUUUGCAAGCUUCAGGAUGGACAUACUGCUUAGUUUCUAAUCCGUGCAUGUUCUGUAACUGCCUGCUGUAAUUUUUCAUGUCACCAAUGUUCCUGGGGGUGGGUAGGGCGGUGCUGGGGUGUCCAGCUUUUUUUGCAGAAUAGCAAAAGAGUGCCCCGGCAGAUGGCAAUAAUGACCACCACAGAACGACAGAUAAAACAGAAUGAUGUGUGGAGAGUCAAGUAUAAACCCCACUGUUAAUGCACUAUUAUUGAGUCAAUGACACGUUGCAGAAUAUGCCCAACAAAAACCCAGCCUCCCCCCCCCCAUAGGGGCCCUUAGUUACGUGGAAUAAAGUUCAAAUUAACCCCAUUUAGUUUUUGUAGCAAAUUACCUCAAAGCAAAAAGAAGUGCACAACUCUUAGAGCUUAUUGGACUUGCACACAAGCAUAUUGUUCUGUUGAUUUCAAUAAUACUUUAAGUGCAGCUAUUACUUGUCUAAGGGACUUAACCAAAGGACUAAAACAGCUGCAGUUCUUUGUUGGUGCUGUGCCCCCAGCACUGCACAGGGUUUAAAAGCAGCACCAGGACCCUGCCUGCUGGUCAGGCUUCCCAGAGUAAAACAAAAAACAGUUCCAGGAGAACUUUGCCACUUGCUGGAGUGGGGGUGGGGCGCAGGGAAGGCACUGUGGUGAGCCCAGCCUUUUUCCCUGCUUGCUUCACACACACACCGAUCCUAUUGAUUUAGUGUGACAAUCAUUCUUUGGAUGGGGGUCCAAUUUCAUUAUGGGAGGGGAGGAUUCUCUGAAAAGAUUUUUUUAUUUCAGCACUACCAAAAUAGAUUAAACAUGAAAACACGUAUACAGUUUUCUAUUUCAAAAAUAGACAUUUGGGGGGGGGGGGGAAACACCUCCCCAAAGAUAAGUUUUUUAACAGAGGGAUGUGCAGGCUUUGGAGGGGGGUAUUUUAAAGUGGGGAAAUGCAUUUCAGAUCCAAUUUUUGUGUUGCCUUCAUUAUAGACUCCCAGCCGCCCUUCCUGCAGCAGACUUUUGCUUGUUUGUUUUUACAAUUCAACACUCUACAGCUCAUUCUUUUGUGCUUGAGGAAGAAAUCUCAGUUUCUUCCAGCAGGAGAAGAAAAAAAUGCAUCCAGCAAGAAAUCCAGAGCCACUGAGUGUACAACCCUCUGUAUAAUAACAAGCUGUUUAAUUGCACUACUGCAGCUUCAGUUGCCAAUAUAAGUGCAGAAUUAUACAAACAAAGCUUCUGGUUGCUCUGAGGAGAAUAGGGAGCAACAGCAAUCGGCUGCAAUGCAGACAAUUCCUAGUUAGGUCAUCCUGCAAAUCUGUGCCGCUUAAGGUGUUGUAAAAAUUGGGCACAGUGGGUUGGCUGACUUUGGAUCUGGUCAGGUCAUUACUUUCCCCAUCCACUUGUCAAUCAACUGAUGUCAUAAUGACAUCAGGUGAUUUUAAUUUUUUUGCCUGCAUGGUUUUGAUGCACAGCCCACAAAGUGCCUUUCAGAGCACAUUGCAAGACCUGACAAUCAGCUGGUAUUUGGAUCUUGCGGGGCGCUUUGCAGCUGGACUAGGUGUUCCCCAAAACCUACAUCUCAGAGCAGAGUCCCUCUCCUACACUGCUUGCCACCUAUUCAACUCGCUCCAUCUCCUGACAUCAGUAUGUCAUUCUUUCCCCCAUGCAUUGGUUGCCACUGAUGCAGGGAAAUGCAUAUUAUAAGGACAUUAGGACAAAUUGGAAUAGAUGUUGUGGAGAAGGGAAGGAGGAGGUUGAUGGGGUGUUCUUUGCUAUAUGUCACUUUUCCCUUAAAUGUCCUUCCACCCCCAUCAACUGACAAGUUCUGUACAGGCCCUGUCCAGAAAGAAGAGUUUACGGCUUUUUUUAUGUAAAACCCUGAAGAGAAGAGUUUAUAUGACAUGCUGAGAAGGCCCCUGGGGACUUAGCUUUGGCAAUUAUAAAAAUGAACUUUCUGUUGUUGCAAGCAUGUACAGAGGAAUGUUUUUAUAAGCCAUAAUAACAACAAUAAAAAGCAGCUUCCCCAAAUGCCAGUGAGAUGUGCUGAAAAUAUGA